CUCUCACACACACUCACACAAACUGCAACAAGAGGAGGAAAGUCGGCCAAAAGGGCUUUAAAAAUUUCAAAGUUUCCAUUUGCAGAAGCAAUGGGGAAACGUGGCAGGCCGAGGAAGGAAUUCAAAUGUGAAGAGGAUGCUGUGGAGCCUGGCGUAGGGCAGCCGCGGCAGCAGCAACUGCCAGUGGCAGAUAAUAUGUCCAGGUGCCCGUUCAGUGACAUUUUCAACACCAGCAGCGAGGACUCCAUGGAGAAGAUCAACACUUUCCUACAGAACGUGCAGAUUUUGCUGGAAGCAGCCAGUUACCUGGAGCAAAUCGAGAAGGAAAACAAAAGUAAGUGGAGUUUUGGUUAUGUUUGGUUCCUUCUUCUGCUGCUCCUUUAAAAAAUAAAAAAAAUAAAGAGAGCCAGGCAUGUGCGAUGACAACAGAAAAUGAAGAAAAUCUUCAUGAAGAUGCAACAAGACAGAGAGAGAGCCGGGGCUACCAGAUCAGGCUAAACUCUCUGUUAGUUUCACCCUUACAACCACAUCCCAGCAAAUAUAUACGGUAUUUCUUUUUUAAUGCACCAAGAGAUUUCGAAUUUUUUUUAUUAAAAAAAAACAAAACCCGAUCGAAUUAGAAAAACAUUGUUUUUGUAUAGUUCUCUCUUUUUUUAGAAACAGAAACAAAGCAAAGCCACAACCCGUGCUAUCCGUAAAGUGACCCAGAACAAUGUCAUCAUGUUAUAUUUGCAUCUUUGUGGCAUGUUUUUCUGAGAUCUCCCGUGCCCAUAAAAGACGGGUAAUGUGUCAAAAGGGGGGGGGGGGGAGAACAAAACUGGCCCAACUAGGGGCUGGUGUGGAGGGAGGAGGGGAGACAAUGCAAAACAAACUUUAUGCUCGGCUAGUAGACAAACGGAAUACUUCGAAGAUUUAAGCAGAAAGGAAAAGGGAGGAGGGAGCUUGUUUAUAUUUUUAAACUCUUGCACUCCUCCCCCUCCCUCCUCCGUCCAGAAAACCGAGCCGGAUAAUAAGUGAAAGGGAACAAAAGCGGGGUAGCCAAAUAGAGAGAGAUGUGUAUUUUUCUCCCCCUUCCCCCUCUGGUGGAAAAGGAUUUGCCCCAGCACCUCCCCCCUCGCUAGCGUCGCCGUCAGCGAAAAUAACAAUCCGUCGGGAAACGCUCGUUUGCAACGUCUUCGCGCGGGGCUCCUAGAACAAUAACAAGCCGGGGAUCGUUUUAACGAAACCUCGCUGGCGUGUGAUCUACUGUACCAGGAAGGUCAGGGGGGAAAUAAAUAAAGCAAUGCAUCGCGUCAGCCCCUGCAGUGGGGAAGAAGGGGGGGGUGUUGAAAUAACUCGCUCCCCUUGGGUUUAAGUUUAUUAUUUGCAUCUUGCAAGCAGUCUCUGGGUUGUGCGUUUGUUGUUUCGGCCCCACGGACAAAGUGGGCCUGACGGAUCUAGCGCUCCCCCCCCCCUCCUGUCGCCCCCGCGCAAUCCCCCCGUGUAAAUUUCCAUUGCAGCGCAACUCGCUUAGCCUUUGUUGAUCGCUUUCUCUCUCUCUCUCUCUCUCUCUCUCUUUUUAAUGAAUAAGUGGAUAUGGGUAUUGUUUCCGGGAGGAGGAUGGAGGGCGAAGACUCGACAAAGCCUCCCCUCCUCCUCCUCCUCCUGGUCGUCGAGCUUUGCGAUGGCAAAGGCCUUGCUGUCAUCAAUGGAAAUAUUUUUAGAAGGCAGCUCGUUUCCUUGUAAAUCCUGUUCCUUCUGAGUCGCCCAACCAGACUUUUGAAGACUCAGGUGGAAGGACCUUCGCUUGACACGGCUGGAUCACACAAGGCAGAUGAGCUCAAUUAACGGAGCAGGAUCCCACCCCCACCCCCGCUCAUUCCCUCCCUUUCCAAUGGGAAGUCACGUAGGCAAAGAGCAAAGUAGCCAGGUAGCCCACGAGGGUGGGGUAGCGCCCGCAGUUCUCUUUCUCGGCAACUUGGCCCGUGUGGGACCAGUCCGUGUCUCCUGUUCACCUCCUUUCAUUAGUGCAGGUGAAGGUGGUGCACAUAACUGGGUCAGGCUCGCCUCUCUUUCUGAGCUUACAAAAACAAACCUGCACCAAAGUACAGUAUCAGUUUCCCUCCAGAGAAUUUAAAAAACCUCUUCCAAGCUUUCUAAAAAGACCUCAUCCAAUGCCAAAGAAAGGGAGAAAACAACAAGGGAUUACACCAACGCAGCAACCUACGCAUUGUCUUGCUAGUUCUGUAGAAGUAGCCCCGCCAGUUAUCUUACAUGGGUUGUCGGUGCUGACAGUAGUUGAACUCAAAACAGUAAUUUUGCUUACAGCGGAAGAUCUGUGUGUUGUUAAAUGGUGCUGUCAGUUUAAUGGUUUAUUUUUAUAUUCUCUUUGAAUCAGCAAGGCAUAUGCGGUAGGAACACUCCUCGCCUCCAUUAUGUCCUCCUCCUACAGCCUUAUUUAUUUUGAAUUCGCCAGGUGUCUCCUGCAGGAAGGCCUAGAUAAAUAUGAAACUUGAUGUAAACAGCAGCACUCUCAUUAAUGCGAACUUUUCGAUUAUCCCGUAUUUUUUGGGACGCUCUCCAAGCUAUUUGGAUAAAUGGAGGGGCGGCGGCAGCAGCAGCAGCAAUGCACUGGCUUCAGAAAGCAAUACGAGUAUUCAUAACGCCUCCGUGGAAUAACACUGCAGUGCCCCUGGACCCGAUUUGAAAGUCUGUGGGGCUGUCGGUUUGGUGAGUUGUAAUCUCCUCCAGGGAAAUCACGUGCGCGUCCCCCACCCCUUCGGGGAACAAGCAUCUUUCUCGGUUUACUCUGGACUUCUCACACCUUGGUGCACGGUUGGAAAAUGCUGAGGAGCAGAUGCUGGCUUCUUUUCUCCGCCUGCAUUUGCAAACAACAGUGCUGCCGCCCCCCCCCCCCCCCCCGCGCAUGUAGCUCUGCUUCACUAAAACUUUUUAAAAUGUGCUUAUCCAAUGCCAUUUUGUACAACUUCUUAAAAAACACAAACAAGGCGUGAGGACUUGGGCAGCGUCCACGCGCAGCCCCCGCCUCUCCCCCCCCCCCGCCCUGAAGUUUCAUCAGCGAAGCUGCAACGCAAACGCCGGGGCUGCCUCGGCUGCACUCUGAUCCGCCUGGCUGGGUUACAGUAUAAUCAGCCCCGGCUCCUCCUCCUGCUCAGAACCACAUGGUUUCCACAUGGAGACAAACUCCUCUCCUCUGAUUGGCCCCGCUCUAACUCGGAAGGCGCGGCUAUCCCGGGCCUCUCCGCCAAUGGGGGCGCCCCUUCAUCCCUAUGACGUCAUGCGUUGCUGAGCCUAGAGAUCGAGGGGAGGCGCCUGCAGCCGAGAGGGUGUCCUUGUUGGGAGUUGUGGUCGGGUGAUGUCAUAGUCUCCGCUUAAAGGGGCAUGGGCCCUCCUCGCCAGGGCGAAGAAGCGCAGCAGCGGCAAGGGCAGGAAGGGGUGCCGCGAGAUGCAGCCUUUUUCCCCUGCCUGCGCGGCGAGGCAGGGAAUGGCAGAGCCCCUCGUAAAUUCCUGCAGGAUUGCAAAGCAAGUGAUGAAAUCCUUUAUCUGCGGGGCGCCCUGCUUCUCCCGAAGGAGAGCACGCUCAGGCCGCCCAGAAAAUGCUCCGUGUCCUCCUUCCUUGGGGCACAGAUGGGGCGGGUGCUUUGCCAGGCAGUAAAAGUUAUUUCUGUUUGAAAGGCUUUCCUCUCUAUUUAUUUUUCCACCAGCUGGAUUUAUGCCCGUCAAGGUACCAGAGACUCAUAGGCCUCGAUAAAAGAUUGGAAGUUUUUUCCAGGAUGUUUCCAGUCUUCUGUCGCACUUCGCUUUGCUUUUGGAUUUUUGGCACAUCAAAGGCUUUGUGAAGCCAGUGCUCUACCGUAAACCUUCGUGCGGAGGGCACGCGCAGAUUCGCGCUCACCUCUUGUUUACUAGCUGCAGAUUGGUAGUGCCAUCCCCGCUCCCCGUCCCCAUACGGACCAGUAAAUAGGACUUUCGGGAAAGCCGCAGUUUCUUUUAGGAUAUAUAUAUACAAUGUAAAUUAAAUCACCUUGCAAAGCAUGGCUUCUUUGUGAUAUGUAGAGAGACGACCGUUCCGGUCCACUAAAACAACGUGUGCAAUUACUUUGCAAAAUAAAUGCAUAAUUAAAGGCAGCGAAGAAAGAAAAAGUAACUCUGACUUAACAUCAAUAUCAUUUCAAUUUUUUAUGGCAGGUUGCACUUGGCUUGUGCACUGUCUUCCCCCUCCCUUAUAUAAAAUAUUUAUCAUUUUCACUUUUCUAGUGCCUGUUUAUAACUCACAUUGGAACAGGAGAGCUCAGUUCCAUUUCAUCUUCUGAUUCUCAUACACCAUAUGUCAUUGUCUCCGCACACAGGCUACUGCUUGAGGGCAAUAUUUGCAUUAAUUUUAUAAAGCCCAGCACUGGCAUAAUUCACAAUAAUGGUAAUCAUAAUACUAGUUUAAUUCAUUUUGCAAGAAGCAUAAUACUUGGGCAUGUGUUUUAAACAAACAUCUCGGGCCUAAAAAUUUUUAAAGAAAGGAAUCCCCAGUUGCAGCACAAGAUCACUGUAACUUCAACAUGUGUGUUUGCACUGUAGAUCAAAAUGGAAACAAUACAAAGCACCCAUAAUGGAGAGAGAAGAAUAUCUGUAUUUUAAAAAUGCAUGAUUGAAAGAGGCAUUGGCAUUACUGGCUGCAAACAUUUAAGGAUAUAUCCAUAUGUUCAUUAUGAGAUAAUUGCUGAAACCUGAAAUGGGUUUUGUUUUUUUUAGGUUAGCAAUACAACAAUAAUUAUACCCCACAUGCUUUGCUAGCCAGCCCAUCAGCAUAUCAGUAAGGUCUUUUCACCCUCUUGGGAGAUUGUCUCAAGAUGAUUUUUACAUGACCUUAAUGAUUUCCAGAAGGGAAGCCACGUUAGCCUGUUAUAAAACAACAAAGAGUCUUGUGGCAUCUUAAAAGACUAAUAAAUGUUUUUAUUCUGUGGCCCACAUAGUCUGCAGCCCAUUACAGCUAUUCCUGUAAUAAAUCUGUCAGCCUUCAAGGUGUCACAAGACUCAGUGAUCUUUCUAAAAAUGUGGCAUCGUCAGAGGCGCUACUGUGGUGCCAGUGGUACACCAGUGCUAGUCUCUGAGCUUUGUGGCUUCCAGGGUUGAUAAAAAGUUGGACCACAUCAGAUCACCAUGGCUCCUGCUUCUCUUUUUAAUCCCCCAAUGUCUAGAAAUGUGCUUUACAUAAUGAUUUCUGUGGCAGGAGUAUUUUGCUUAAAAUAAAUGGUAUUGACACCCCUCCGACAUAAUGAAAAAUGUUUGGAGGGCCCCCCAAGCUGGAAUCCUUGAUGUGGAGCAUUUAUUUUCUGCAACUGCUAAAUGCCAGCCGUAUAGCCUUUUGGCCGACAAGUGACACCAAAGUUUCUUUCUCGUGCAUCCUUAAGACCAGUGCUAUAAUUGUGUAGGACAAAUGAGCCAUGGAACCUUCUGAGCAUGUGUACAUAAAGCAUAGAAGUAAGACAAUUCACACAAAAGGCUACAGAUAAAGCAAAAUAAUAACACCACAGUGAUUCUUAGCAAUUCUACCAUUCAACAAUAACUCACCAUUUCCCAAAGAUUAAUCCCAAGAUUAAAAUCCACUUCACACAUUGUAAUCUAGUGGCAGUCCAUGUGGGAGCUAUACUGUCUGAAAGCUGCCAUCCACAUGGCUUGGCUUCAGCAUGGUGAUUCUUGUAGACUGUGUGAUGGUCCUGGCAUAGAUACAAUUAGGUUCAAUCAUGGGUGAAGUUAAGUAUUUUUCAGAUGUUACCAGCACCAUGGUCCAGUACAAAUGCAACUAGCAUCUAAUUGCAAGGUUUUUUGGGGGAAGGAUCUGAAGUUUUUUUUUAAAAUGUGGUGUGAUUCCCCACCCCGACCAUCUUUACAGAUUUGUAGCAGAGGUUGUGGACCUUAUUCUUGUGCAAGACAUUUCCUUAAAUUUACCACUUGGCAAAUUUUUCAUCAGUAGUCAUAAUCCAUAGCUGAUGACAGUGAGCAGAAAAGGUUUUUGCUUUGAGCUACAAGCUUUGGUAGCUAGAGUGGUUCCUCAAGAAGUACCUUGCCUUUCCUGCUUUUUCAACAUUAUGUUAUGCUCUGUUUUGAUUUCUGUUCUAAGUGCUUUUAUGUAUUUUGAAAGAUUUAAAUCUCUGCAGUUUUUUGAAGUAUUUGCUUAAAAAGAUAUUUCUAACAGGACUUUUGGUGUGUUUGAUGAGGUUUUUAAUAAUGAGGGCUGAGUGAAGUGUGUGUGCCCAUGAUCAAUCUUAAUUGCAAAGUAAUAAUAAACAUAAUACUAUUUUAUGAUUGUUCAUUUCCAUUUUGUUUUCAUUCAGAUUGUGAUAGGCCAUAACAUAUACAUCAGACUUCCUCAACCUGAUGCCCUCUGGAUUAUUUUGGACUUCGGCUCCCAUCAGCCUUAACAUCACAGUCACGCAUCAGGUUGUGGGAGGCUGAUCUAUAUUCUUCAGGCAUUGGUCAUCAUAAGCAUGUAGACUAUGUGGGAUAAGGUACCAACCAUGAAAAACUGUGCCAGCAUUAACUUGGUGCUAAUAUAGCAGAAGAAAGUUCCUACAAAGGUCACAUUUGCUUCUGGAAAUGCAUGCAUAUGCACACAUCACAACAGUGGAUUUAAAAAACUGACAACAUGCAUACAACAUAAGGCAUGGAUAAUCUAAAACAACACAUCACAAGCUUAGUAGCAAUGCAACAGAAGACUUCAUAGCAAUGGUGCAGCUAGGUUUUUUUGUUUUUGUUUUUUAAAUAAUCCUGAGAUUAAUAGCCUUACAGGGCCCCCUGUAUAUUUUUUGCUGUUUGGCACCCAGGACUUCUGCCCUGACAGCCCCACUGCUGCACAGGUUUAAAUGCAACAGAAUCUUCUUUUUAAAUCCUGGGGUUUUCCCCCUAAGAAGAGAAAGGGAACAAGUUCUGAGACAGAGAGAGAGGGAGGGGGUGGAGAAAGAGAGAGAGGAGACAAUGUUCUGCGGACUUGGUCAAAACAACACUAUGAUCAGCAUGAAUAAACUUUUUAAGACUACGAGGACAGAAUUAACCAUAUUUUCCCCUAAAGAAAGAAUCAGGAAAUGGUGAGAAAACAACACUAGGGCAAUGCAUGGAGAAAUAGUCUUUAUGUAUAGUAGCAGAACAAGUCAGUAAUGGGGUAGAGUAGCAGAAUACUACAAAGCCAACCAGCCAUGGUCCUCUAUAUUGGUGUACCUAAGCAUACAUUUAAGAAAUUAGCAAAUUUACACUGUGGUCAGUUGGAUGUCUGUAUGCACUCCAUGUGGAGGUCUGCCUGAUCAAUAAGAUUUUAGCACCAACACCCCUUUGAAGCCAUAACAGAUGAAGUGGCCCUGAGGAAGGAGCUCCUAAGACCCUUCUAUGAAGAGCACUCAACCACUGGCAUUGCCCCAUGGCUAUUUUUCAUGUUUGUGAAAAUACAUUGUGUGUUCCCCAAAUUAACUAUUUAAAGACUCAUUUUGAUAUGACAGAGGUAGAAUGAUAAAAUAAGGACACACAUAGGAAACAAGGUUGAGUGUCUGUGGCAUUCAGCAUACAUUUAACAAAACACUUUUGAUCUGUAAGCCGUUUUCGUGCUGUUCAGAGAAUAUAUAAAGAAAAGCAUUGUUUAUGUUCUUUUAUCAGAAGCAUCUCACUUAUUCUGUAUGCAUCAGUCGAAGUAUUAAUUUAUAGUUGGUGGUAAGUUGCAAGUGCUGCUAUUAGAAUGAGGUGGCAUAGUUCAAGUUCACUGUAGCUUGAGUUCAUUCUCUUUAUUGUUUUUCCUUGUAUGUAUGAAAGUGCUUCAGCUGCAUCUCAUCCAUUAUUCCCUUUUCCUUUUUUCUUCUUCACCAUGUAUCUGCAGUAAAAAUAAAAAAAAUAAAAUGUCUGACCUCAGUGUAGCCUAAAGGCUCAGAAACCAGAUGGCAAAUAAAAAGCAAUCUAAAAUGUAUUAUUUUAGAUCACAUAAUAUAUAAGCCUCUCUUGCAAUUUGGAUGAGGAUGAGAGUUGACUUGCUUUUCUGAGCAUCAGGAGUUGGCAAACCUGAUUAAGAAGGCAGAUAAAUGAAGGGUUUAAAGGAAAGACAACAGGAAUGUGUCUGCUGCAGGAGAAGGGCAGGCAGGACAGCGAGGGGCAAAAUUGUUUUGUUACCAGAAUCCAGAUGUCAUGCUUAGCUUUCACAGUUGACCAACAUAGACUGAACUUGAUACCUGCAGAGGUGCUAUGCACUCUUCUCCAAAUCACUUUGCUUUCCAACGUGCCGCCAGGAAAUCAUGUGAAUCUCAUCCAUGCUACUUUCUGCCCUUGGGAAUCACUAGUCGCAAGUACACUGGAAGGUUUUAAAAUUAUGCUUUCAUCGUUUUUCUGCUUGUCUAAGAAUAAGGCAGGUUAGCAAUUGUAGUGGCUUCUCGUCCUUUUUCCUCUAGUCCCCCUGAUAACACUGAGCAAUAUGUGUGUGGCUGAAGCAUCCCUAUGGAACGCCGCUGCAAUAUUAUUCUCAGGUUAAAUGGGUAUCUGAAUAGUAUUAUGCAUUUAUGUGGACUUUGAGGCCUCCUGCUGCUAUAGCCAUAGAGGCUUAUCUUGGACGUAGAAGCAUAUGUAUCAUAGACCCAAAGCAACAAAGGUAGGCGGUAAAAUAGUGGUGGAGUGUUUACACAUAUAUUUAUGGUAGUGUAAUUUUGUUAUAUCCUCUGGUAUCAAGGGUAAAAGAUUACACACAGGGUGCCCUAAUUACACAAAGUAUUAAAUAUUUAGACAUAUUUAUCAAUGCACAUGUUAGUGACAAGCAUUGCUUCAGAAAGAGUGACUGACAUCCAACUAAGUAAUACUUAAGAGAAUUGUUUAUUUCAGUGGGUCUGUUCUAAGUAUGAUAAACACAGGAUAUUGCCCAGUGUCUCUGAAACCAAGUGCGGUUAUUUCCAUAUAUAAAGUCUGGGAAAGUGUUUUCAUAACACUUUUCUUUCAUAAUCUUAAGAUAAACCAGAGCCUGCUUCUUCAGUUUGGUGUGUUGGCAAUUUGAGUUUGUGCUUAUGAACAGGAAUUUGCUAUGGAGGUACUUCCUUGGAUUCAGGAUCUUGUUAAGAGAUGGGUGCUGAAGUGGCCAUUAAUAAGAUGUAAACAGCCCCUUUCUUAAAAGGUCAAGUGGGAGGUGUCAAAGCUGCCAAUUGGCAUGCAGUGAAAUCCAAAGAACGAACUGACAAGGACAUCAUUACCCAUAAAAGGUGCUCUCUUCUUCUCCCUGACUGUGACCUGAUCUGUACUUCUUGAGGGUACUCUGACUUUCCAUUCGAUGGUUACUUUGCUGUGGUGUGUGUCUUGUGAUACGAGAGGUUUUUAACAAGCUAACUGUCACAAGACUUUCCAAGAAAAUGAUGAGAAGUUCAUUUAAAAGGGGGGGGGGGCUGCAUUAUUUGCCGUGGUUGAUGUUUACAGAAGAAAGCUCAACCGAAAAGUUGAUGUGAGAAGUAAAAUUCCAAAAUACCUCCAAACAACGCCCCUCCUCCACAGCCUAACUGUGUUUUCUGGGUGUGAGGAGAAAUAUAGCACUUUUGCUAAGCAAAUUUUACAGUCCUUAUUUCCUUCAAUCUCAGAAAACUCCUAAAAUGGCCCCACUUUCCAGAUGAGGAUCUGAGCUUGAAAGGCAAUUGUUUACAUACAGUUCCUGGGGGGGGGGGUUAUGGGUUAGUCAGCAUCAUGGGACACCCUGAUGUAGCUUUGAACCUUUUACUGAUGGCACAAACAUUUUGGCAGAUAAUUCCAACUCACUGGAUUGUUGUUGUGAAUCUUGCAACCACACCACAGUGUAAUUUGCCUAUAGAAGAGGGAUGGGCCCUCCAGAUGUUGUUGGACUCCAGCCCCAUCAGUCCCAGACGUAGUUACCCUGGUUUUGGAAGGACACUUUCACCCAGUCUGCACCUCUCAGGUCUGCGUCAUGAGAUGUUGAACCGUGUGCCCUCUUACGGAAAGCUAGGAUGUUGGCGAUCCAAUCCCUAUGAUAUGAGAACUGAAGGGAAAGACAAUAGUGGACACUUUGACAGAAGAAUGUUUUGCUCAUUUAGUAGGAGAGUGACUUUCUGCAGUUAAGACCAGUCCUAGAAGACAGUCAUGAAACUGGAUGGCAUUCACCUACAGUCAGUUUUACAGGGUACUAAAUGCCAUCUAAUUUGUAACCCGCUCUUCUGCCAAAGUGAUCAGACAACCACCCCACCCUUGAUAACAUUUUUUCUAUGCAUUGUGAUAGGUAUUGUGAUAGUUUGCCGUGCCUCAUUGGUGAGAUCAACUUCUAUGUGUUGGGGUGCAUAGAACCCAAUGCACUUUGGCUCCUGCAACAUGAUCUGUGCACGGGAAAUAGGGCACAGGUUCAUGCCAGUCUAUGUGCUCAUUAGUGCAUGCCAAGGGGCAGGGCCAGAUGGCACAAUUACAUUUGGCCCCUGCACACAAAUAAAAUGCUAUCUGCACAAGGCGACAGCGGUGGGGAUUCCCACAUGGUCUCCCUUCUAAGCACUGCUCAUGACCAAACCCUCUUAGCUUCAUCACUAGAACUCUUCACGGGCCUUCAUAUUUUCUGGGCUAAGGAAUGCAGACCAACAUUUGAAAAUCCUAAUCAAAGAUAUAGGCUGUGUACACACCAAACAUUUAAAGCAUCCCCUGACAAGAAUCUUGGGAACUGUAGUUCCCUCCCUGAAGUGCUACAACUCCCAGUACCCUUAAACUACAGUUCCCAGGAUUAUUUGGGGGGGGGGGGUGCUUUACAUUUUUAGCCAUAGUUGUCUCCUCCCUUGAUGCCCCCAACACUUGCUGAAAUUAUAGACUUUUAGAAGGGGAAAGGACCUUGUUUGUCUGGAGCGGGCAGUAAGGCAUGCACCAACAGUGAUGUGCUUUCUGCUCUUGUUGAAAACUCACUUGUUCUCCUAGGCCUUUGAGGCUCGUUAGUAUGAGCUUGCUGUAUUUUAGUUUGGUUCUUUGGGUGGUGGUCAUAUUUAUUUUUGAAUUGUAAUGAUCUGAAUGGCUUUGCAUUUUAUAUUGUUGUGGGUUGCCUCGAAUGUUUUGAAUAGAAGGUGGCAUAUAAAUGCAUUGAAUAAAUAAAUAUUUCUCAGCUCAAGGGCUACAUGCCUUCAUGGACAACGCUCCAGGAGUUGCAUGCCAGUGCUGGGCAGGGCCAGCAAAAGCAACAGAGCAAUGGACUCUUACCUUUGUUCAGCUGGGUACUUUCCUGCAAUGAAGAUUUAUGACAUUUAUACCCCGCCUUUCUUCUGUCAUGAACGCCAAGGCAGCUUACGUGUGGUUUCCAGGGAGUCACCCAUCCACGUGUCUACACACAAUACACUGUGUAUACACUGUGCACCUUUAAAGCACAUUCAAAGCACAUUCUUAUCUUCAAAAAAUUCUGGGCACUGUUUACCCCUUGCAGAGUUAGAAUUCCCAGCAACUCUCAAACUCCAGUGCCCAGAAUUCUUUGAGGGAAAGAAUGCUCUGAAUGUGCUUCAAAGGUAUUAGUCUUUUAUCCAGGCACAUGAGAUGGACACAUUCCGGCCAGGCAAAAGCGCAGGACUGGAGUGUAGGCUUGGAGAGCCUUAUAUAGCUCCUGGGCCCAAGGCUUCCCACCCUUGUAGGGGAUCUUGUCCAAGCUCCUGCUCCAUGCAGGGCACAGUCCUGGCUUGUUUUGAGUUUGCCCAAGCCACAUUCCUGCAGGUAUGUUAGGAGCUUUUUAUGAAAUACUAAAUAAAUAACUAAUUCACUUGCCCAGGAUCCUAGAAUUGCACGAUCCCCUUGUGAUUCUUCCUUUACUGUGUACCCACUAUUAAAGAACAUUCAAAACACAUUUCCCUACUUAAAAAAUAAAAUAAAAUCUCCAGCUUUGCUAACGCAAGGAUUACUGCAUACUAUAUUCCUUUGCUUCUUCCUUCUGUCUUGCAAUUAGAGCUAGAGGCAUGCCUGAAGAACUGCUAGCGUUUAUAUUUUUGCAGAGACAACAGCUGUGCUUCUCUGUCCCUACAGUUCUUGGGACAACCUGAGAUCCUUUGCAUGAAGCCUGGUCUAACUUAAUUAAGUCUGCAAUCCUAUGCACACUCACCUGGGAGUAAGACGCAUCAAACACAGGAAGUCUUACUUCUCAAUAAGGAAACAUGCAUAGGAUUGUCCUGUACUUCUGCACAGCAUGUCCUCCCCAUCAUUGUGUCUUCAGCUAUUACCAGUGCUUUUUUUCUGGGGGGACGCAAGGGUAUACAUACCCCUAAACAUUUUGUGAAUCUAAGUUUGGCCUCACUGAGGGGCAGUAUUUCAAUACGAGUAGGAAAAUGAGAGUACCCCUAAACAUUUUUUUAGAAAAAAAGCACUGACUAUUACAAAUUGCAGACAUUGUCUUUCCAAAAUGUGCUCAGCAGUUCUGUGUGCCCCCUUCUCUCUCUCUCUCUCUCUCUGUGUGUGUGUGUGUGUGUGUUUACCAUCCAGUUUGCUGAAGAGUUUAGAUCACCUGAAAAGCUGGCUAAUUUCUUUAUGGCUUUUAAUUUGUUCCUAAUAAAAGUAUGAUGUUACUCUUGCUUUUGUGUGACAGUUUAUGUUGCAUUUUUUGUUAGCCUAGGUGGCUCAGUUUAUAACUUCUAAUGUUUUUCUUUUCUUUGUUUUUAUUUGCUGAUGUUUGAUUAGCCGAAUUUUAAUCAACCUGCAGGACAGGUUAGUUCAGUCUGGCCUAUUAUUGCAUUUCUAGAGUGGCAACAAUGGCAGCACCAAUAAAAAGGAUGGGAAGCAGAAAAGUGGACUUCUGAAAUUUAUUUCUAUAACAGGAUUUAGAUACUUAAUGAUCCAAACCUGUAAGCAGCUUACCUAAAACAUCUACAUUAAAUUACCAAUAAAAUCAAAUGUUAAAAAAGGUUAAGCUGAAAAAAUUAAAAACAGAAAUAAAACCAGCACUUAAAAAUAUGAAUUGCAAACUAAAGUUACAUAUUAAAAUGGGUAGCUUGUUAAACAAACAAACAAACAGUACAGCAAAAGCUCUUGCCUAAUAUCAAUGAGCAGGGAAUUCCGAAGUGUACAUGCUGCCACACUGAAGAAUAAAACUUGAGGGUGAGAGUGAGCUUUCUCCUUACAUGACAGUGGUACCUCGGAUUACAUAUGCUUGAGGUUACAGACUCCGCUAACCCAGAAAUAGUACCUCGGGUUAAGAACUUUGAUUCAGGAUGAGAACAGAAAUUGUGCUCCGGUGGCAUGGCAGCAGCAGGAGGCCCCAUUAGCUAAAGUGGUGCUUCAGGUUAAGAACAGUUUCAGGUUAAGAACGGACCUCCGGAACGAAUUAAGUACUUAACCCGAGGUACCACUGUAUAUUGAAGAGAAAUGACAGUAUUUUUCACGUUAACACUCUCGUCCUAAACCUAUUUUCUCUUAAGUAAGGCUGCAAUUCUAAUCCUGUUUACCUGGAAGUAAAUUCCAUUGAAUUCAAUAGGGCUUAUGUAUAAGUAGCCAUUGGUUAGGCUUGUGCUGUUAGUCCAAUUGAUUUUGAUGGAAUUAGCUUUCAAGUAGUAAGCCUGCUUAGGGUUUCAGCCUUCUUUUAAUUUUCAGUUGAUUAUUUGGGAAUAAUCUGAAUAUGAAAAGUGCAUCUCCUUGAAAUAAUUACAGGGGUCUGGCAAAGUGGUAGGGGGUGGGUGAAGGAAAGGACCACUUGUGAGAAGGGUGCAUGCUUGCUUUCCAUCAACCGUUCCUCUGCUCCCACUGAUGAAAUAACCAGGGAUCUUUGAUCACCCGUCAAAAAUUAAAAUACUUGAUAACGCUUCAGAUGACGCUGGCCAGCAGCAACAAACCACCUAUCAGACUGGCAUGGAGACAAAUCAGCCCUCCUAAGUGGGAGCCUUUCAUGCAAACAGAGUGGGCAGUUCUACUCUGAGAUAUUCCUGUCCUGAUAAGACUCCAGAAGCUGAGAUUUGGCAGUGCUGAUUCUGAAUACGUUUGACCUUGUGCUUUUUACACCACCUCGGUUGGAUUAACAGCAGGGUCCCCAUCCAGACUAACCCUCCUACUACCGCGUUUUUACCGGACAGCUCUGCCACAUAGGGAACAUGAGGUGAAGGAUUUUCGUCCAAUCAAAAAUGUGUUUACUUCGAAAUAAGUCCCACUGAUCUCAGCGAAACUGACUUCCGGCGUCUGCUCGAAGAGUUGCAAGAGCAGAAUUUUGUAGUUUUGACGGCAGGCAUUAAAAUGCUUUUUAAAAAAUAAAAAUAAAAGCAAUACAGAUCAUAUGCAGUCUUGUAAUGUCACCCCUCCCCAUACACACACGUUUGUGCCACAAUUCCGUGCACACUAAUUUGGGAGCAAGUCCCGCUGAAAUCAGUGGCGCUUACUUCCGAGUAGACCCAGAUAGGCUCUGGCUCCUUAGCUGUUAAGUUAGUGGCUUAAUUUGCACAAAGUGCGAGUGACACUUUAAAAUGCAAGCGAUUUCCCUCAACGAGCGUCUUGGCGGCAAGAAACUCGCUUGCAUCACUCAAAAAGUCUUACUGAGCCUAGAUCUCAAAUGAACGAGGAAGGGGCUUCCCCCAUUCCCGCCCCCCCGCCAAGAAACGCAGGGGUGCAACGGGAAGGAGGGUGGGCGAAUGACGCCAGCCUGCCUCGGCGAUGAUCGCCUCGCUGCUGCAGCGGCUUUCGUCCAGCCACGAAAGGGUGCGCGCAACGCGGAAGGCAAGAGGCUUCCCACAAUGCCAUUGCUAUUGCUGCUCCUGUGCACGCUCCCCGCCCUUGAAGGGGGAGCGCAGGCAGGGAAACUACAUUUCCCAAGCGGCCCCGCGGCAGAGUCUUCUCGUGUGUGUGUGUGUGCCUGUGCGCGUGUGUGAGUGUCCCCUCCCCCCGCCUCCCAUGAUUUCUAACCAGAGGUAAACAAACUGUGAAAGAGGCAGGGACCUACAGGAUCUGCUGCAGGAGGCGGAGAGAAAACGGCCGCCAGAUCCCAGGGAACAGGGCUUGGACCAUGGAUGCAGGGGCAGCCCCGAGGUGGAGAGGGAAGGUGUAGGGUCAAGGGAAGGAGCGGGCAGCGGCGGCGAGCAAGGAUGCAGGACUAGCGGGGCAAGGCUGACGGAGAGGUCGGAGGAGGGAUCGAUGGUGGGACUCGGCGUGUAGGGAGGGGGAGGCGCGGGGCAAGAUCGGCGGAGAAGGGGGAAAGAGCACCCGGGAGCCAAGGAUCAGGACUGGCGGGGGGGGGGGGUCGCGGGCAGGAUCGGUGCUCCUUGACCAGGGGAUGAAGAAGGGGGGUAGCAGACUGAGCGCCAGGCUCUCGAGGUAGGAUGUGGGCAGGGUCCAGGGGCAACUACGGCAGGAGUUGUUAGAUCCUCUCCAUUUCUUGGUCUCGCUGAUCAAACUUCCCGGAGGCAUCAGAAGGGACCCCCAGCCCCUUAGUACCGCCUCGCCUGCUGCCCUGUGCCCGUCCCCUCCCGGUAAGAGGAAGCGGAGUUGUUGCCACCCUUGCUGUAAAAGGGGAGAGCGGGGAGUCCUUCCUUUAAACUCUCCAGGAGAAGAUCUAAGAGUGCCCAGGGGCUGGCAAGCGGCCUCAUCCAGCCCAGGGGCUAUGGAACGGGUGGAGAUGAUUAACAUCCAGCGCCUUCUGGAGGCAGCUGAAUACCUGGAGCGCAGAGAGAGAGGUAACUGGAUUGAGGAAGGGGGUGGGGAUUGGAGUGACACGUCCCCCAUAAGGGAGAAUUGUUCUCUUUCUCCUUUUUAAUGAAUGGGGUGUUUGGGGAGGGCUUGGGGAAAAGGGGGAGGGCGAGCAGGCUCACAUGCUGUAGGUAAACAGGGUGGAGAGAUGCCCCCCCCCUCAAAUGUCAGAGUCUAGGCACUGCUGGCAUGCCAUCCCAAGCAUUUGCCUGCUAUGUUCUGGGCUCUCCCUCGGACAGGUGGCUUGUUGUCUGUAGCCCCUGUGUCCCGCCAGAGUUCUUGGUGGUUUGAAGCCACUCCCUGAGGACUUCUCUCUGGGCUCGCUGAAGCUUCCUGCCUAAGUCCAUGUGUCCUUGGAACCUACUCUUUUGUUCCCUCUUGACUGACCCUUCUCUUUCCCGUUUGCUGGUGAUUUCUGCAGAGUGUGAGCAUGGGUAUGCCUCGACCUUCCCCUCCAUGCCGAGCCUUGGACUGCAGGACCCAAAGCCACCGCAGAGGCUGAGCCGGGCAAGAAAGCAUAGCAGCGGAGGGAGCAGCACGGGCACUGCUAACAGGUACCAAUUGCAGGGAGUAAAAAAAAAAAAAGGCUUUUGUGAUCCUUUGUAAGCCCAUCAGGCACAAUAGGCUGUAUUUUGCUUGCAACUUCUGAGGAUUCAGUUUCCUUUUCUCUGCAAUCUCACUUCCUCUCAGUCCUUGAUAAUCUGUAGGCUUGUGCCUUUUAAUAGAAAAAUUUCCCAACAUGCUGUUGUGGUAGCUGGCUCUUUAAAUCCAGCAGAGCGAGCUGGCUAUGUAAUGCCUCAGCUUCUGCAGGUUGUGCCAUGCUGCCUUUUACGUAACUUUCCAUCCUUCAUUCUCACUGAAGGUUUUUCUAAGCAAGGAUGAUUUUGCUCUAGGGAAACUAACCUUGGUUUUGAGCCUGAUCCUAUGCAUGUUACCUCUGAAAUGAGUCCCACUGUGUUCCGUGGAGCUUAUUCCUUGGUAAGUUUGUUAGGAUUGUAGCCUAAAUAUUGUUUUGGAGAGUGCAUACGUACCUGCAGUUCUAGAUCUAGCCAUAUUUGCUGAAACAUUUCCCUAAGAAAUUAUAGGUGCCCCUUGAUGUACUUUGCUUUGUGUUACUUCUGUGUAGUAGUAGUAUGACCACAUAAUACUAAACUACCUACCACUAUGUGAAUGGAUUGCUAAUACUGUAAUGUAGAAACCUGCUUUGUAUGCCUCAUGUGGUAUGCAUUAUGCAGUAGUGAGUUGUCAACAAGUUCUUGCAAUCUUUCAAAAAAAAACCACAAAACUUCACAGUUCUUUUCAAUAAAGAUAAUAUUUCUGAAGCCUCGUGGACUGCUUUAGUUGGAAGGUUUCACUUGUAUUUUGAUGGCUGCAUUUUCCUGAAAUAAUUUCAUUCUAUUGCUCUCUGUUGAAUAUACUUAAACCAACUUGUCCAAAGUUACCCAAGUGGUGCGUAAUCAUUCACUUCUUUAAAAUGUUUGUGUGUAUUGAAGUUAAUUUAGAAUCCAUUUUGUAGAGACAUGAAGUUAUUAAAGCUAAACAAUGCCCUCAGAAUUAACUAUAUAUAAUGUCAGAAUACGACAUUCACAAUUUCUGCAUAGAUGCCAUUUUAGUUGCAUGAUGUGUCCAAAAACAUGCAGAUUUGCCUAAAAAUAAUUUUGCCGGCUUGUUCCCCCAAAAGUCACAGGAAUUUUGUCCUGGGUUGUAAUAACAGAUAAUAAUAAUAAUAAUAAUAAUAAUAAUAAUAAUAAUCCAAGGAAGACCCCAGAUUUAAAAGGGCAGGAAGUGGACAGACUUUGAAAGGGAUCCUGAGGGUCAUUAGUUUUACACACACACACACACACACACACACACACCCCAUCCUAUACCCACAGGUCUCAGGGUGGUUCACAAGAUAAAAUUACAAUAUAAAAACCCAAAAUACAAAAUCAAACUAUGAACAAAAACAGCUGAAUAACCACCCCAAAACACAUAAAAACAGUUAAAAAAAAAUUAAAACAAGACACAAUUGAAAAGCAGUUUAAAAGAAUGUAAACAGUAGUCUCUGCUGGGCAGCAGCAGUCCUUUUGCUAUCAGGCCUGUCCUGGGCCUGGUAGAGAGGCAGCAGCAGGACCCCCUGCAAUGCAGAAAUAUACACUGUCCCUUUUCAGGUAUGGGGUGGGUGUGCAAGGACAGGGAAUGUAAAACAUAGCAAAUAGGGGUAAGUGGAAGCUGCUGAUGGAAGGAGGGAAGGAACCAUGAGUAAAAGGAAGCAAGGUGUGAGGUGUGAGAACUGCUAAAAAGACAGAAGAGGCAGAGAUAAAGAAGGCUGAAAAUCUAAGAGCCCAUCUUUUUGCACACUUAUUCAAAAGUCAGUCCCAUGAAUACAAGGAAGGUUACUCCUUGGUUUGUCCCCCUCCCACUUCCAGAGCUCUGUGGUCAUAGAAUGUUCUGGAAUAAAAUCUUGAGCAGAGUUCAUGGGCAUAAUUGGUGAUGAGUUUUCAGUGUGCUUUCUGUUUUCUUGAUGGCAUUUCUGUUACUUCCUGGUGUUGACUUUAUUGGUGGGGUGGGAAGGACUCAAACAGUUCUAAAUUGAAGAGCACUUCGACAUACAAGCCUGUGUGUGGUUAAUAUAAAAGUGUAAUAAUAGGUAAGGAGGGCUGAAUUUAGAAGAACUGUUUCUAACUGUUGAGGCCUUCGCCUAUGUUUUCUGAAUCUCCAACAAGCCUCAAAGCAUAUAAAAUAAUGUACAGGGAGUGUUUUUGUUCCAGGAAGAGGAAUUUCACUUUACUAGAGCUGGAGUAAUGAUUACUUCACAACUUUCCUUACUUAGUAGGGUAAAUGUAGUAUUUGACACCAUUUAGAUUAUUUGCCGUGAAGAAGCUGUUGAUUUUCUGUGUUUGCAUCAGCAGUAGGACAACAGGGGGUAUAUACUGAGUAUAUAUACUGAGUGUCAGGAUUCCCAGCACUGAAGCAUUCAUUAUCACAGGAACUUCAUAAAAAACAAACAAACCCUGUGGGCUGGACAGGCAUAAAACUAAAUUUAUUUUUCACCAGCCUGCUUCUAAUACCAGAAUUGCACUGGAUUUGUGGGUAGGGAGAAUCAUGAUUUGAUGGAAUACAGGGAGUUACAGCAGGGGACAAAAAUUUAGUUCUGCUUGUCAAUGUGUACCUUUUGUUGUAAAAAAAUAGAACCUACCAUUUUAGAUUCACAUGACUGCACCAUUUGCACGAGUCAGUGUGGCUGCCCCUACCAUGUUUUGUUUGGCCUGCACUCUUCCCUUAGUAGUGCCAUGCAGAAUUGUGUGCUGUAUUCUUCAUAUGACGUAUGCUAUGCUGUGCUUCUACCAAGCUAACGUGGUAAUUAGCAGGGCAUGAAUAAGGUGGUGAAUGAAGCAGGCUGGUGAAAAAUCUGCUGGUUUCUAUGAGAUGGAGGUAUAAUUUUGUGGCCCCGUACUUGUAAUUUAUUUUUGCUCUGGCAUAUCCCCCGAGCAUUGUUUGUUUAUUUGUUCUGAAAUUUUUUUGACUGCUUUCAUACUUUUUUAAAAAAAAGUCUAAGCAGUUUUCAACAUGGUGCUUUAAAGCAUGGAGCUGUGCCCUAAAACAUAACAUGAGAAUAUGACACACAGAUACUAAAAGCAGGAUAAAAAUGUAAACACAUCAGAGGGGGAGAAAGAUAUAAGAAGAAAAAGAAAAGAAAAGAAAAUCAGGAAAGGCGGGGGGGGGGGAGAGAGAGAGAGAGAGAGAGAGACGUUUUCAAUAAAGUGCCUAAAGCAGGUAACUGACGGUGUCCUGAGGAUCUCAGAAUAAUCAUUUAGCAAUGUUCUCCAUUGGAGAUACCUGAACUGUCAAACGUCACAUCAUAGUUCUUAUAGUGCCUGUAGAUCACGGGGUUCUCUGCUUAGCCUAAGUAACAAUGGUUAUAAGAAAAUUCGUUUCCAUUUACAAAAGGAAUACUGAUAUUCUCUGGGUGCUGCAUGUACAGCUAACUGGCCUAUGACUGCACUCACAUGUAAUGCUAAGCUAUGAUGGCUGUUUUUGUGAAACCCAACUGCUCACAAAUUGCAUGCAACCUGAGCACUCCUGCUUUGCGUCUCCCUUCCAGCAGCAGGGAAACAAACCAUGGAGCAUCUGGUUCAGCUUUAUCUCUGCACCUGCAAUCCUGGACUGUUUGACCCAUGACUGCAGGUUCAGACACAGCUUUAAGCCAGGCAUCUUGUGCACAGUAUGGUUUAGCUAACCAUCCUUAAUGGUUUAACCUUGUAUGUGAAUGCAGCCUUUGCUUUGUUGGGUGACACCUCUGCACGUUUUCACCCCUAUGAAAUAUACUCUUGUCGCGUCCUUAUUCUGGACAUUCACUGUUUUAAUGCUUAUUUGUUGUGAACGGGGGUCGGGGUUGGAUUUUCAGUUUUCUACACGGAUGUCAUUUUGUCUCAUUAUAACUGAAGGGGUGGUUAACGCGUCUGCUCGCCCAGCAGUUACUCAUUUCAGCCAUGCAUGCCAAAGCUGUGCUUCCCCAUGUACUGCUCCCGAACAACCCUGAAUUGUUUCAAUAGGACUUGUGUGGGAGUGGAGUCGGGUGGAUUGCAGCCUCGGUGGCUCUUCAAUAGCCAAAGCAUUAUUGCAUGAGCAGGAAAUCAAGAAAGCCGCAUGCAUGCAGACGGAUGCUUUUUCCAACAUAUAAUCAGGUUAAUGAAGUUAAAAUGGUCUGUUGUGUAAUCCCUCAGUCUAACAGGGUUCAUGAAAGGAUACGGCAAAUUGAGGCUGAGAGCACUGGUGGCUGUUAGUAGGCAAAGUCAGGAGGUGCAGCUUCACACCCAGCUUGUGUAGGAAAGUGGAAGUGGACAAUUCGGAGAGAGUUGCUCUGUAACAAAACUUGUGGCAUCUCUGAAACACCUAAUACAGUGACUUGAUGCUGAGUAAGGUAGAGUAAGUAGAGUGCUAUGGUAUUUUGGUCCGUAGGCUUGACUAUUUGUGUUGCAAUCCAAUUCAUGCUUUUAUUUUUAGAAGAGCACGUUUAGCUGUCAUCAUUGUGGGAAGAUGCUCGUUAAAGGGACAGAAGGCAAAAGUGGGCCUUGCUAGGAUUUAAAAUUAAGGUUUGUGAGGGGACCUCUUUCCCCUUGGCUCCUUUUCUCUUCUUAUACCACCAGGCAAGGGCCAUAUCCCCUAUCAUCCUUUACUAGUCCUGGCUCUGUCAAAUUAAUUUGAACUGUAUGGAAUUUCCUUCAGAACCAAUGGUGCAAUAUUAAGCAUAUUUAUAGAGAUAUGGCAUUUCUGAGCACGGAAUUUGGGUCCUGUUGAUUUAAGACUUGCUCCUAAGUAGACAUGCAUGAAGAUUGGCUUCUAGCUUCUAAACAGCACAAUCUCCUUUGCCAAAGUGGAUAUUGUAAGUUAAGUGUAGAUCUAACCCAGACUCCAUGGAGGGCAUUGCAUUGGUCUAUAAUGGAAAAUAGAGAAACCUAUUGAGAGAAUGAGUAGCUCAAUAAGGUCAUGGGGCAUACUUGUUUUUUGGGGGGGGGAAACCUUCAUUCAUACAUUAUACAGUAUCAAGAGAUUUUGCUGUAUACUAUAUGUAUACUUGGUAAACUCAGUAACUAUUUUCAAGGACAAAUAGUCCUAAAUGGGGAGGGGGGAGGAAACAUUAUUAUUACACUGACAAAAAUAAAUCCUUCCAUACUUAUGUAUGAAUCAGCCACUGAGGGCAAUGUUUGGCAUCAUGCUGUUCUACUCUUUCAAAGAAGAUAUCUGAAAAAAGUACUUAUUUUGGAAUAUUUUUGUUCAUCCCAAAGACAUUUCUCUGAAUGUACAUGCAAAGUGCACCCAAAUUUCUAUACUUCCAACCACACUGUUUUGGAAUGUCCAGGGACUGAUUUUGAGUACUUUUAAGUAGCACUGAGUCAAAAUGGGAGAUAAGCACUGAGUUUUAUGAACAUUUUCUCUCUGUGAGAAAUGUGCUUCCCUUUUCUGGACAAUUUUGCACAGCCCUUUGUGAAAGGGUAUGAAACUCCUUGGAAGGUGUUAGGUAUGUAGAGGUGGGGAGGUAUCCCUGUUGCUGAGGCACAAUUGCUGCUCCAUUGCUGCAGUUUAGUUACAUGUAGUUGAUUUCAUUAGGGCAGGAUAGGGAUGCACAUCUGAACAUAGUUGUACACAAGGCUUAUUGUGACAGCACUCACCGGUACAGAGUACUAGAACCUCUUACUUUGGCCAUCCUUAGCAGCCAUUUUGUGAUGGUACUCAAAGCACUUUUAUCAGUGCAGAAUAUGCAUACCAGCAUCUCUCUUCUUCUUCUUCUUCUUUUUGCAUAGGAGUAUCCUAUUGAAACCAGUGCAGUGGAGAUGGUUAGUGUCUGCAUCUGAAUCCAUAUUCCUAUGUGCUGUCUGUCCUAGCUCAUGUCGUGCAACAAGAAAGGGAGGGACAUUUGCUGUGUAAUGCUGGCAUAUGAUGAAAUUGUUUAGUGAAGCAAGUUGGGGACCAACAGCCUGGUGGCCUGAGCUUUAGGCAUGCAUUCUCUCUUUCCUUGUUUUCCUUCAGUGUGAGGGCAGUGAGUAAGCUUCAUUUGCCCUUGCUGAAAUCAUUGUAUGUUCAAAUAUGGCUGUGCGAUGACUUAAUUCUGUUCACAGUGUGUGAUCCCUAGUUAGCUAGAAUUGCAUCGUGAAGAAGCAUACACAUACAUAUAUAAAAACAAUAGGAACAAUGGCAAUGAACAGGCAUGGAAGAAGGUAGGAGGUUUCUUGCAAACUUUUUGCCCCCUUCAAUACAUAGCGCUUGCUUUUGAAAUAAGAAACAUUUGUGAAAACCUGGCACAGCACUGUUUUUAGUGUCAUGUUUCCCAGAUGAGCCCUGAAGCUCUUUGCAAAAUCUAGGCCCAGUCAGAAAAGUCAAUUGCUGUUUUGCUAUGUUUAGGCAGUAUACAAUUCAGUGGUUUCACUUUGUCGGGUGUGCUGUCCCCUCGUUUAGAAAGAGAAUUGGCAAGGCUGCUGGCAUUUUCUUAAGUACAUGCUGUGGAGUGGCAACACAGAACAUAGUGAUAAUGUUACACAAAUAAAGUUACUUCCUUAUUGCUGCUAGCGCCAUUAGGGGAUAUGAAAAUCUCUUAUGUAGGAUUAUUUUAUGCAAGUUUAGUUAGAAGUACUGUAUUUACUUGAGUCUAAUGCCCCAUCAAAUCUAACGCACAGCUCAGUUUUCAGAACCUUGAAACAACUAAAAAAAGUUGGCAAGUGUAAAUGUGCCACCGAAUCUAAUGCACACCCUAAUUUUCGCAACAUAAUUUGGCCAAAAAAGGUGAGCAUUAGAUUUGAGUAAAUACGGUAAUUCUUACUGAUUUCAGAAGUGCUAAUUCAUGUUUAAGUGUACAGUGGAUUUGAACCUUGAUUGAUUUUAUUUUAGCCACUUAUAACCCAUCUCUCAAUUCAAUAGAUUCAUAAAGUGGCUUAUAAAAUCAUGGAAGGCCAAAAAAAAUUACAUAAUCCAUAAAAAUAGUAACAUAAAAUGGCAGCAUAAAACAGUGGCAUUGUUGUUGUUUGUUAAAAACCUGGGUAAAUGCAUAUGUUUUGGUUUGAUAUAUUUUUAAAAGCCAGUUACCCCCCAAGGUCCUGAUCCUGCAAAUGUUUUCAUGAAUUAAACUGCUGAAGUUUCUUCUCUGAUGUGUUAAGGCUUGCACUGCUUAUCUGAUAGGAUAUUUUUGUCUGUAGAAAUUGAGGAUAUUUUUGUCUGCAUGAAAUGAGGCAUAUGGAUACUGAUUAUCAAAAGAUCUUUCCAGAUUGUUUUAAAAUUUAUUCAUGAGGAUCAUCAUAAUGGAAAGGUCCUCCCAGAUCCUUUGCUCUAUACUUGUUUUGUUGUAAUGGAUUUGGGUUUAUUUGUUUUGGUUUUGGUUUUACUCCCAGAAGCACCCCUUAUUGGUCUGUUUCAGGUUUUAAUUCUGAUUGAAUUUCUCUUUCUUCUGUCCUUUUUUUCUGUUUUAGCCCUUGAUUUCUGGUAAAUGAAAUACAGAUGUUACUGAAUCAUUUUGAAUUCUGUAAGGGCUUGUUCAUAUCUCUCUCUCUCUUUUAACCUGAGUACUCAAACUACCAGAAUUUAAAUAACAAAUUCCAUGUGUUGUGCCAUCAGUUGUGGAUGAUUCAUGCCCAUUUAAGUGGCUGGGCUUCCCUGGAAUAAACAGAAGUGGGGCCCAAUCCUUUUUCACUCACCAUUUCUGUGCACACUGCAGAGAAACCUAACCAUUUAAAUGCCCAGGUACCGUUUAGAACUGAUGGCAUGGCUAAAGUAGUUUGGCAUUUAAAAAAAUGUAGCAUGUGUCCACAUUUAAAAAGUAAAGUGUGAAUGGCUCUGAAGCUGUGUUUCCAAAUAUAUAUUUGCAGAUGUGUUUUAUAUAUGGUGCACAUGAAUGUGUCACUGUUGUGUGCAGUGUCCCGAGUUCAUUACACACGACUGAAUUCUGACAGAUAACUGAGCCACAGUAUACAAGACGAACGUGAUUGCAGGUGGCAUUGAGAUGCCAGCGACCAUUGUGUGCAAUGUCAGCUGUGCUGGGUUACUCCUGAUUUUAUGGAUUUAGAGAUCUACCUUCUGACUCUUCUCUUCCCACCUCAAUGUAUUGGAGCUGUGAAAACAUAUGUAGGAUGUAGGCCUCUUAAACUCUUUUGCAGGGCUGAUAUUUUUAGAAUAUGCAGACCACAUACAUGGGAUGUUGUCCAGUACCUGGUAAUAUCUAGGAAGUGCAAAUACUUGGGGAUAGAGAGAGUUUAAUUAUAUGUGCCAGAUUUGUGUGAUACAAAAUACCUGUUUUGCCUGAACUCCUAUCCCAGAACCCUGUGGCAAAGGAGAGGCUUGCAGUAGGCGAUGCUUUUUGACAGAACUGGGCUGCUUACUUCUGCAUGUAUAUUGUUCUUCCUGUUUGGCCAAGAAAAUAGGGGUGGUGUAUAUAUUGUGGAACUAUAUGUUGGCUCCUUUCACUGGAUUCUAAUCCAAAUGAAAUCCAGCUUGAAAGCACUUGGAUUUCAGCUGCUGCCUAACCAGAUGGACUUAAUAUUUUGGUUAUGCGGCAAGAUGACUUGGUCUUUCUGUUAUUCUGACACUUCUGAAGCUUAGCGACUGCUUUAAAACCAGGUGCCUCUGGAGAACUGCUGAGCAUUGCUGGCUUGAGGAAGCUGGUUUGGUGGCCAAAAGUUUACCCAUAGGAAAGAUCACGAAUGCAGCCAGUGUGGUGUAGUGGUUAUAGUGUCAGGCUAGGACCAGGGAGGUUCAGGUUCAGAUUCCCAUGCCGCCACAAAGCUUGCUGGGUGAUACUAGGUUGAAUAAUAGUGACUGGCCCAAUAGGAUUGCCAUGAGGGGAAAGGAAAGGCACAGGACACCCUGUACAACUGGAUGAUAUAUUUAGCCCCAAGAGGUCCAACAUGACCUCCUUUAAGGUUUUAUUAGCUACAGAGACCACAGCUUUCCUGCAUGUCUGUAGACUGUCUGAUAUUCCUAUCGGGCUGGUCGUAGGAGGCCAGCUGUGGGAACCGCCCCACACUUAUCAGAAAGGGAGCUGUGUAUUUCUUAGAAACUGAGCACUGCUGUUGCUAGGUUUCUGGAGGAAGAGUUAGCACUAUUUUUGUGGCUUUAGGUUUGUGCCUGCUUUAUUGCAAUCCUGGCUUCUGCUUCUACAGACUUUAAUGCCAUGAGAUCUUUUUGCUGGAAAGGACCUGCAGGUCAUCUAGUCCAACAACUGUCCUCUAUAACCAAAUGUUCCUAAUGCAGUGGUGCUCCCCAGAUGCUGUGGACUACAACUCCCAUCACCUUUGAGCAUGCAGCUGAUGGGAGUUGUACUCUGAAACCGUUUGAGGGUACCAUCUUGGCUACCCCUGCCCGAGCAAAGCACUCUGGUUGAGGACGGCAGGAUCCAAGGUGCCUAAUGAAAGAAGAGGUGCCUCUUAUCUUAAACUAAAGACUAUUAGCUUUUUUCAAUACAGGUAGUUGAAAAUACACACAAGGCAUGGUGAACAAAAUUCCUUUGGAGUUAUUACUGGUCUGACCCUGGUGAUGUGUACAUUCUGAGCAUGAAAGCAAGCUUCAAGGUAGUCUUGAAGUUGCCCUUGUAGUUUAGAAAUAUUACCUAAAGCCUUUUGGAAUAUGUGGAUUUUAUGAAAAAGUGUCUUUUCAACUUACCAUGUUAUGAAAAUAUUGGAAACUGCCCUCAAUAAGAUACAAUAAGAUACUUUAUUUUAUCUAUAAAGCUGAGCAAUAUGUUUGAGUUGUUUUGUUUUUGUUCUGUAACUUUUAUUUUAUUACUUGUUAUUGUAACUGAAUAUAGGUUUAUAUGGAUUAGUAACAUUGAAAAUGAAACACACACACCACAAAAGUGUCUGAAAUAUUGCUCAGGCCUCUCUAAACCUGGGUCAUAAAUAUCCGAUACAGACACCUAGCUCUUUACCACCACCACCACCACCACGUCCAACCCUGAUUUUUUUAGUGUUAAUGCUAUGUUUUUGUGUCUUUUGCCCAGAGCUCUACAAACGGCAUUGCAGCAAAAGUGCCACAGAUCUAACAGACAUAGUUUGAUAACCACCCUACUCAGAAAUGUUCAGUGAAAUACAAAUGCCUGAUCUGGAUCCAAAUGUAGAUUACUGAUAGUUCUCCUGGUUACUUUCAAAUUCCAGACCAUACAUAUUGUUGUUGUUUAGUCGUUUCCGACUCUUCGUGACCCCAUGGACCAGAGCAAGCUAGGCACUCCUGUCUUCCACUGCCUCCUGCAGUUUGGUCAAAAUCAUGCUGGUAGCUCCAAGACCAUACAUAUUAAUCCAUCUCUAAUCUUGCUUCCUUGUUGGUUUCUCAGUGCUGAAACCUUUGGCAUAUUCUCUUUCUGCCCCUGUGUUGUAGUGAUUCCUAAUGGUUAUGACAAAACAUUUUGCUGGUUGGUUGAGUUCUGCAAUAUUUCAACCUUGGCUCUUUACUACCUUCCAAGCUCUCAUGGAGACAAGAAGAAAUCAUGCUGCACAUGAUAUUGUUGUAGAAGAGAUUAGCUGAUUCUUUUGAGAUGUAAAACCUGGGGCCAACCUAGAGGUGACUGAAACAGUCCCUUGCAUUUAAACGUGGAACUACCUCCGUCACGUGCAAAGAAGGUAGGAAUCUCAUGGAAUGGAGAAGAAUCCUUGCUCCACUCAGAAUGUCUCUCCCUGAGCACCUUUUUACGCCACUGAACUCUGAUCCCAGCAGUAACCUUGGCUGGGUGAAAAGCACUUGAAGCUUGGGGGGGAGGGAAGUUGCAGAGGGGAUUUAGAGCCCCCUUGCACACAUUGCUUUGCUGCUGUAAAAAUAAUGUUCUCUUUGCCUCCCACCUUUCUGUGACCGAGGUAGCCCUGUGUUUGAAUGCACAAACUUGUUGCUAUCAUUCUGAGUUUGAGUCUUGGUACCAGGUUUCAGCAGUGGGGCAGUGUGACUCCAGUGGAAGGCUAGGGUCUGGAAGACCUGGGCUCAAAUCUAAACUCUGCUAUGAAGUUCAGCGGGUGACCUUGGGCUAGUUGCACAUUCUACUUGAGCUGCUUCACCCUAUGAUACUAAAUCUCUUUUUUUGCUGGAGCAUAUUUUUAGGUUUAUUCUAGUGAGGGUAGACCAGUGAAGAAGCAUGUGACUCUAUUAGGAUGCAGGUACAUUCUGGCUGGAUUCUAACUAUCACUCUGUGACUUGACCUACGCCUCAAGUUAAAACAUAGCUCAAGCUCAAACCUGCCCAAUUGCUUCCUCUGCUGUUCUGAAUUUUAGCUUAAUAUCAUUCCUCCCAGCGUGUGAUCCGAAGGCAUAUCAUGCUGCAAUCUUGCUGGUCUUAAGUCAGGUCUUUGCUUAGAUGGAAGACCAAUCGCCUUAGGAACCUAAGUUCCAUCAUGGAAGAAAGGCGGAAUAAUAAAUCGAAUAAUAAAAUAAAUCUUAAGGAAAUAUAAAUUCAUCAGUACAGAUAUUUAAAAUCAAUUGACAUGUCCAACCGAUCCCAAAGGUCUUGGCACCCAGAAACCAAGCGAAGAAACAUUGUUUGAGAUGGGCAGUGAAACUGAUCAAACUUCAAGUAAUUUACAGUACUGUGUCAGUUUUUAUUUCAAGUCACAUUUAUUUGUUCUAAUUGAAAAAGUGAACAUGGGAAAACAGAGGCUGGGUUAUUUUCACACAUAGGCUUGAUUUUAAAUGGCCACUUUUGACAUGGAAAAGUCAUCACUAGAUAGCAUCCUGGUAACUUUGUGUAGUGCAGAGGUAUUUUAUAUUUACCCCUUGAUAACAUGGUCACGUGCUCUGGUCCAUGGCGUGCUCUGGUCCAUGGGGUCACGAAGAGUCGGACACGACUAAACGACUAAACAACAACAACAACAACAACAACAUGGUCACUGUUUUAUUAUACCAUUGGAAGUGUUGCAUAGUCAUCAGGUGGUGACUCUUAUAUGUGUAAAAAAUGGCCAUAUGAAUUGUUUCCCAAGUAUAUUUUUAUAAUUAUUAUGUUUAGAGUGGCUGUGCCAUCUUAGUAGUGUAUAGUAAUAAAAAUAAAGACACAGGCAGUGCCCAUGGAUGUAACAUUUUAAAUAUAAAACACAUGUAGUGACACUCCAGUGAAGUUAAAUAUAUGUAAAGAGAAUAUUGUGAGUUACAAUCAAUUUCCAGGAUUGCUUGCUUCUCCUCCAAGAGUUACUUUCUAUGCCUCUGUAUGGGUUAACUUUGGGUAUACAUGAGGCUGUAUUUCUAAAGGUCGUUUUUCCAUUCCCUGGAACAACAUAUUUUAUUUAAAUAAAGAAACUAGGUUAAGCAGAUGUAUUAUUUUACAUUGUCUUGGUUGUGCUGAGGACUUGACGUUGCUUAAUAUUUCAAUAACUUACUAGUAGCAAAGGUCUGGGUUAGCAGUCCUGCUCAAAGCAUUGCAAUUGCCAUUUUGCAAACUGGCCCUCAUACUCCAGUGGGUGUAUUAUAGUCAUUGGCCUAGAUAGCACAUCAUAUGAAACCAUGAUUUUCAACUAGCUGUGGUGUAAUUUGAAUGAGAAAUGUGCUGGUGCAUUCUGUUCAGAUGUUUCUGCAGGGGUGGUCCCCUCCUCCUCCUGCUGCCGCCAUACUGCAGAUGAAAGAAGACUGAGUUUGGCUUGUUGUUCAGACCAGGCUUGUGGAUUGUUUUCUUGAAACAAACCAUAAGCAGUAAGCCCAGAACAAACAUUGGUUAUCACUCAGGAUUUCUUUGGAGGAAAGAAACUAUGAGCUCAAGUCCAGGCAACAUGACAAUCCAGCCUUCUAAGGAACACCACAGGAACUUUUGAGCAGUGUUCAAUAGUACACUACUCUUUGUAGCACAAUUAAGUUAUUUGGACGAGUAUACUACUCAUGCACAUUAAACCCGUUCUUGUUAUCAGAUUAUGGUUUAAUGUGACAUGUGAACUGGGCCAAUGUGUUGUAUGCCUUUUAUUCACCAGGUUAGGUCAGGUCUGUACAUUUAAAUAACCUUCCAGGACGUGUUGUUCCAAAACACGACUUCUCUUGAAUUCCUAUUUCUUUCAACGAGUCUAGUAUAGCAGCAGAACUGUGAAUUAUGUCCCCUUCCCUACGCUUCUUAAGUUCAUCAGUAUGAAUGUGCCAAGAAGGCUGUUGACUCUAUUCUAUGUCCUGGAUUUUGCAGUUUACAGGGAAUGUCAACAGCAACACGGGUUUAUAUGGGGAGACGGGAGAGAAACAGCCUCAUUGUUCUGUUGCUCAUAUGUUUCUGCAUGCUGCCUUGAUGUGAAAAGAUCUUUAGCUGCUUUGAUGUAUGAAUUGUUUUAGAAAUGUGAAAGUACAUUCCUCCUUUGUAAUAUCCACUUUGGGGGAAAAGACGGUGGUAGGUUAGGUUACAAAGAAGGGCGGGUAGAAUGGGUUUGCUCCCUAGUGCCGUUCUGCAAACUGUUGUGCAAAGCACUAGGGGAGACCUUGCUGCACAAAGUACCUGCAGCUGCAAAGGCAUUAUGCAACGGCAUGCCUGUACACUGGGUACAUGAAGCUCUCCAGUGCAUAGUAAAUAUUUCUCUGUUGCAAAGCUUGUUUUGCAGCAGGGUUUGGGGGAUUUCAAACACCUUACUUGCCAAUGUUUCCCAGUGAGGAACUGCAGCUGUUAGGACAGGGAUGGUGAACUUAUGGCCCUCCAGGUGGUUGUUGGACUGCAGCUCCUACCAGCCCCAGACAAGCACAAACAGUUACAGAGGAUGAUGGGAAUUGUAGUCCAGCAACAACUAGAAGCCAGAAGUUCCCCAUCUCUGUAUUGGACUGUGUUUUGGACAUGCGUAAAGAGGCUUAAAACUAUACGCAGUUCAAGAUACAAAAUCCAGUUGGGAAAGAGAGAACGUUAUCUUGUGCAAAUGGAAGAACACCUCUGGAUUUCACUUCAUUGUGAAAUGUUCUGCCAAGUAGGAUCCAAUCUUGCUUUGAGUGGAAGGGCACCUUUGGAUCCACGCGACUCUUUUUGAAGUUAAAAGAAGAAGAAAAGCUCAUGCCACAGUCGUACCACUCCUUAUGCAGAAGGAGAUCCGCAUCCAGCAAUCUACGAUGGCUCAUGGCCAUAAUUUUUACAAAUAUUCUUGGGAAACAUUAAAAAUUACUUUUCAUUAAAAUCAUAAUAAUAUGCCCUGUGACCUUCAGGUUACUCAUCUGCUUAGUUUUGGUAACUCUGCAAUAUUGGGUGUUUCCAGACCAUUCACUGGGCCUUUCUCCAAGAUGAAGCAUUUUAAGCCUACACCCAACUAUUAGGACUAUGUCAGGCUGGAGGGGAGCGGCUUACCCAAGAGAUCUGUUUGUGACUGUUCAGCUAUUACCUUAAAGACUUGCGCUAAUUAACUUUGCACUGCCUGAUACUUUGUAUAAGGAAUAGCAAAUGCUGGGCAGCCUAUUUUCUGUCAAAAGGAGGAUUCCUUAGUGUGUGUUUGGGGAGGGGGAGCAGGGAGGUAAUCGAUCCAUGUCUGUGUGUGCAUUUGCCCAUGCCAGUGACAGAGCUAGAAUUAAUGAUUGGCAAAGCCAGGGACAUGCCUUCUGGACUGGUUAAUCCAGAAUAAAGAUUGAUUUGCUUCAGUUUUUCCCAUGGCUACAUCAGGUUUGAAUUGCCAGUCCUCUGAAUUUCAAAUUUCGAAUGAAAUUAUUUCUUUCUGAUUUCAGUGUGUGUGGGGGGGGAGAGACAAACAGACAGACAUCCACACUGUGUACAUUUAAAGCUCAUAACUUCCCACAAAGAAUCUUUAGGUUGUUAAGGGUGCCGGGCAUUGUAGCUCAAUGAGUGGUAAACUACAGUUCCCAUGAUUCUUUAGGGGAAGCCAUGGCGUGGAUGACAGAAACGUACCAGUUUGUUCUCAGACAGCUGGGGGGAGGGGGUUAUUGUGGGGCCCACAUUUCCCACCCGUGUUCUAAAGUAAGGGGUCAGCAUCGAAGAACCACAUAGCCUUAUGAAAUGGAGGCAGCAGAGUAUAGAGCAAUGCCACAAAAUUCAGCAAAUAUACAAUGAUGGAAUAAAGCUUGCUUUACUGAGGGAGUUCUAAGCAUUAUGCUGAAUUGUGACUAAGAGUGCUUCCAGAUAGGAGUUUAUUAUGGAAUUGGUGCUGCUCAUGUAGGCAAGGCUUGGUUUUGGUUUUUGUUCUUUUUUUUAGUUUCCACAUGACAUCAUUGCCAUUAAAAUACUGGUCCAUGCUUCAAAAGUAAUAAUAAUAAUAUGAAUCUCCCCUUACUAUAGAAAAUCUGAUAAGUAAAAGCAGCCCAUUAAGACAUCUGCAAUUACAGCUGGUAUGGAAGCUUGUUAGCAUUUUGGGGAGUGUGAUUUGGGUGGGUGGCUUCUAACACAACACCCCUAUACUUCCAUUUGCUUCCCAGUUGAGCACAAUCUAACCAUUUUCUUCCUGGUAGCUCAAAUGAUAUGAGUAGGCUUAUUUCCACCAACUGUGUGAUGUUGAAGGCACAUUUGAAUUUCAGCAACCUGAUUAGGAGAAGCUGUUUUUCAAGAUCUCUCUACUGUGUGUGGGAGGGGGGGUAUGUACCUCUGACACUAUGGGCUCCUCCACAUUUACCUUUUGCCCCACACUUUCUAGGCUUUAAAAUUAGAUAAAAGUAUUUAUCCCUCUUGUGCAAAACCUUGGUACUAAAAAUUAGAAACAAGCAAAUGGAAAUGUCCACCCUCCCCCACAAAAACCCCCAAAACUACAAGUCUCUAUUGUGAAACAAGAUAACCAAGGCUUGCAACAUUUGCUCUUGUGAACUUCCUGAGAAUUGUUUAUGAAAAGGUGUCCUGAAUAGAAAAAGUUUGUGCAUUUUGUGAUGUAGAAGUGGGGCAACAAACCCACAUGGGUGGAAAAACAAUGAAUACGCAGGAUUGAGAAAACUGGGGUGUGUGGAAGCCAAAUGCUCACACAGAGAGAUUGUAUCUGAAUGACCCAUUUGUGAUAUAAGGCCCCAGUCUGGAAACACAACUGCGUGCAAUUGAGUCAAAUCUGGUAAACAAGAAUAAUAAGAAUUGGAACCGUUUGUGCUGUUCUGCAGCUAAUCCCUUUUCCUCAUCAGAUUUUAGCUCCACUUCUGGCUAGCGUUAUGUGUAUAUGUAAUAAGGCUAGUACUUUGAAACACUGUGAUGUCCUGUACCAAAAUCAUCAUUUGGGCAAACAUUUCAUCCCUUCAGCCUCACAGAAAUUCUGUAAAUGCUGUAUACAGUAUUGAGGCUCUUUUCUCUGCUUUUACCAAAAUAGAAAUAAAAAUGGAAUUAAUCUGGUGGUCAUGUGGACAUCUAUAAGGAAUAAAAUUCUGCUUAAAAAAACAAAACGCUAACUAGGAUUCAGACUGCUGUUCACAUACACUUACCAGGGAGUAAACCCCGUCAAGAGAGUGGGGCUUACUUCUAAAAAGACACUUAGAAGAGUGCACUGUUAGCCAAAUUCUGCCUAGCAUACAACUGAGCGAUGGUUAUGCAACCGCACAAUUUAGUCACAGUCGUGGGCAAUACUUAACACAUGAGUGUAUACAAUCUAACAGAAAGUCAGGAUGUUACUCCAUUGAAUGAUUAUAAUUUUCAGUUUAGAGGCAAUUAUGAGUGUCCUUACUAUGAGGAAGCUAUGGAAGAAAUGGCAAAGAUUUCUGAGGAGAGAAUUCUGAUUAUACCUCAAGUUACCAAGGAGAACACUAGAUGUAUUUCAAAAUGCUUUCUAUUUUAAGGAUUGUUCAUCGUAAUAGUCUGACAGGAUAUAUUUAGAAGCGGCAGAGGUCCCCCCCUCCACCCCCCCUUCCUUGUCUGGGAAAAUUCAUACUACUUUAUGCCAAUAUGGUUAUAAAUCACAUAAUAAACUUUCCAGUUUCAUGGAAAAAUGGCAACCCUCCUCAGCUUUGGUGUCUGAUAGAAGGAAGAUAAGUAAUAAAGAGUCUCCUGUGUGAGAAGAAAUAGGGAGAGCCUGCUGUUUUAAUUUUGUUCCCAGCGGUGGGCCGAACUUUGUUCUUUCAGCGCCAACCUUCAUGACUGGCUUGAUUAUAAUGUUGGAAUUCAAUCCCUUGCAUAUCUUUGGGUUUGGAGCCAUUAAUGGAGUCUCCAGGAAGAGGGAGACAUCUCCUGCAGGAACAUAACAGUAAAUAAAACUAAUAACACACCGGAUUUACACACAGUAAUUUACACACAGAUUACUCAAAUGUGUAAGUUCACAAUAGUGUCAGAUUUUAUUUCUAUAUCUUUAGAUGCUGCUGCUUGAAAUACAGCUCAAAGGAAUUUCGUUUGUAUUUCUUGGGACAUGGGAGAACUGUAGUGUCUCCCACCCCUCUUUCAUUCUUAUUUAAUAGUUGAAAUACAUGUAUUUUAACACAGUGCACAGUCCAAAGAAUACCAUGUAUGAAUAGGAAUAUGAUAUGUGUCUGUGUGAAAUUUAAAACUACCAUAUUUUUCGCCCUAUAGGACGCACCGGCCCAUAGGACGCACCUAGAUUUGGGGGGGGGGGAAUAAAGGGGAAAAAAAUUAUUUCCCAAGCUUCCCCCGACCCCAGCCCCCAGAACGGGACCCAGAGCCAUGCCGAAGCUGCGUGCAGUUUGGCAUCGCUCUGGGAGCUUGCGGGGCUGGGGGAGGGGGAAGCCCUCCGCCAGCCUCCAAACCAGGUUGGGAGACAGCGGGAUGGCACGCUGCGCCUCCCCGCUGUCCCCCGAGUUUGCGGGGCUGGCGACGGGGAGGAGCAGGCUUCUCCCCCCCGCCAGCCUUCUAACCAAGUCGGGGGACAGCGGGAUGGCGGCGUUCCGCCUCCCCGCUGUCCCCCCAGCUUGUGGGGCUGGCGGUGGGGCUCUCCUGAAGCCUGGAGAGCAAGAGGGGUCGUGCGCACCGACCCCUCUCGCUCUCCAGGCUUCAGCGAAACCCUGCAUUCGCCCCAUAGGACACACACACAUUUCCCCUUCAUUUUUGGAGGGGGAAAAGUGCGUCCUACAGGGCAAAAAAUACGGUAGUUGUUCCAAAAUGGAGAUUAAAAGGAUGUUUAUAGCAUUCUGGUGACUGCUGGUUAUUAUGGGGACAACCUAAGAAAUGGGUAGGGGUGCAGCUGUGUUAUACCAAUGAGCUCAAACAAACAUUUAAUGGCUUGGUCAACAAAAUCUCAAAAUGGUGGAGAAGAAUUCUCAUGAGAACGCCAGAAGGAUGUGAAUUCUGUCCUCUCAUCUUUUUUUUUAAUUUCUAAGUUUCUGCAUAGCAUGUGACAAUAGGGUCCCAUUGUUUUUACAUUUGAUUUUACUCCAAAUGCUCAUACAUCUUUAGGCUUAAAAAAAAGUUCAUUGAAUGUUGCUGGUUUUCUUUUUACACUUGUGCAUUCUGCUCUAGGCUUUGUAAUAAUUUGCACAGUGGGAGAGGAGCCAGGCGUCUGUCCAUCAGAACAUAGGAGACUGUGCUUCUUAGAACCAGCUUCCAAAUUCCUGACAAUAUUAUAGUUAGUGGCUUAUGCAUGUAGCCAUCCAUUCAGUUCCAGGUUGGAGGUGUGAGUAAUUCAGAUUAAUCUUUGUGUAUUCUACUUGCCCAGCAAAAGUUGGCCCUGUUCACCAGUUCCCCUACCCUUAUUUCUUAAGACGCUUCUGAUUUAAUAGAGGAAUUGCCAUUGAGUUUGGAACUACUGUAGUUUUGAAGUCAAUUCUAUUGUCAUUAGGAUUCUCUGCAAGGAUCUUUUUUAGAUGUUGAUAGUUUACAGGAGUGCCUCUCCCUAUAUCAGCCUGCCCCUUUCUUAAGAUCGAAGGAGUGUCUUUAGCAUGUCCUAUCACUGGUGGAGAUGUGGUAUGUGGUGAUGCAGAAGAGAGCCUUCUCUGUGGUGGCACCCUGUUUGUGGAAUAUCCUCCCCUCAGAAGUGAGAUUGGCUUUGACAAUAUUUUUUCAACAGGUCAAAACCUAUUAUUUGCCCAAGCAUAUUAAGGUUUAGUUGCUUAUUAGCCUGCUUUGUUAUUUUUAUCUCCCUCUAUUUGUUUUGAGGGUUUCGGUGCUGGUUGUAUGGUGGUUUUUAAAGUUUUGCACCCUGGCCAAGUAUCUGUAGAUGAAGGGUGAGUUAUAAAUAUUUUUAAUAUAUUAAAAGGAAAUAGUUGGCCUUCAACCAAGUGUGAUGUCAAUUGGCAAACAAAUGGAUAUUUCUUUCUAUUCUUUUUCUAAGCCACUCACCUCUUAUUUUAAGUUAGUCUAUCAUAAAAUAUACAUGCUGCUCUCAAAUUCUUUUAUGUCAAUUUUUUUUAAGUCAUAGGAUCUUGUUGGUUACGGUUAGCACUUUAAAUAAUAUAAAGUUUGAUGGGAUCCAAACAUGCAUUGUCUCCUGCUUCCAUUAUGUUAUCCAUGAUGUAGGCCAAUAAAAAACAAACUUUGCAGUCUCAUUAAUACAAAGGGCCUUGGAAACUUGCAAAUUGCUCAAAAUAAUUAAAACUUCUGUAAAUUGGCUUGUUCAGGAUGACUUAUCCUGAGUUUGAAACCUCUUCCACUGUUUCAGCUUCUGAUUUGUUUACGGGAAGAAGUGAACAGAUGAUCAAUGGGAGCUAAAAUAUGAUCUGAGGAGCCUCAUGAGUACAGUGGAACCUCAGGUUGCGAACGUGAUCCAUGCAGGAGGCACGUUCGCAACCCGCAGUGUUUGCGUCUUUGCACGCACGUGACACGAUUUGGCGCUUCUGCGCAUGUGCCAAGUGUGAUUUAGCGCUUCUAUGCAUGCGCGAGCACUGAAACCCAGAAGUAACCCGUUCCAGUACUUCCGGGUUUCGGCACAUCCGUAACCCAAAAAUGCUCAACCCACAGCAAUCGCAACCUGAGGUAUGACUGUACUCAGGGCUUUCUCCCAGAUCUGUUUUCAUCUUGUGGUAGCUAACCUGUGUAAGCUGUAUCAUAACUCUAAGAUUCUGUGGGCCCCGCUGCUUCAUACAGGGCACUGGUGGUGACUGAAACAAUGAGCAAGUGAAAUGAAUGAAAAUCCCAAGCCUUGAAAACCGUUGGUAUAAUAAGAUCUAGAGCUCCAAAUAUUUAAACAAUAAUCAAGGAUCUGUACUUGUAGGGUCAGUAAGUACCAUAUUUUUCCGUCUAUAAGACGCCCCCUAUUUUGGGGGACUCCAAAUUAAGAAAACAUCCCUCAGCAUUACCAGUGUAUAAGACGAGCCCCAAUGUUAAACCUGUUUUUUUUUGUAAAAAACCCUAGUCCUAUACAUGGAAAAAUACGGUAGUUCUUUAUGUGCAUGGUUGAAUGUGCUGCUCUGAUCCAUUGUAACUAAUAGAGAAAAACUGCUCACAAUUUAGGGGAACUGGCUCUUGAAGUUAUAAAAUGGCUAAUCCUUUUCUUCUUGGUUUAUCUUCCAGAUCUACGCACAACGAACUAGAAAAGAACCGGUAAGUUACUGAUAAACUGUCUUCCUGAAAAUGCAAACUUUUAUCAGUGUGUCUAAAUGUUAAACCCUUCAGUUUGCCCUGGCAGCCUGGAAAUGCCACAUUGCACCAGGUGAGUGCUUUUUUCAAAACGGAACAAAACAGCGUGCACACACAGACACACACAGACACACACACACAUCCAUGCAAAGAUCUGGAAAGAAGAAGUACCUCUCUUACCCUCCCUGAAAUGCAAAGAAGUGACCCAUUUUUGCAGCUCAUCUGUAUGCAGAAGAAAUACUGUUUCUCUUCUCUUUGCAAACUGAAAUCUGAUUGGGUCAUUGUCCAUACAUGAGGUUGCUAGGGUAUCGGAUUUCUCAGACACUACAUGUUAAGGCCUGUCAUAAUCCCUGCCUAUUGCAGGGAAAUGGCAUUGUCCAAUGGCUUUUAAAUCUGGCUAGCCAUUGCUCCUCCGGAGUGGUGCUCUUGUAACGUGCUUCAGGAUGCAGCCCGCUUAUCCUUGAGCCCAAGUUUUUCAGCAAGCCAUGCAGUUUUGUUGCUUGGCUAGCUCUACUCUAUGACUCAUCUCCUUUGUAACAGGAGUUAGAGUAAUAUAAAUACUACUGAGACAACAGGGACUUAGUUCACACGCAGAUCGGGUUAUGGCAUUGCUUUCAGGAUGCUAUCAUUGUACCCAGGCUUCCUAUUUAUAAACGUAUCUUCAGGAUUGGGGAGGGUGGGUGUAGGGAGGCUGGUUGAAUCACUGUUCCCAGGCUCGCUGAUAGGGUCCUGUGGAAGGGAAAACCUCUUGCAUGGGAAGGGGACCGCCUUCCGAAUCCACUGAUAAUGAAGAGGGCAGGGGUGGGGGACCUCAGGCUUGGGGCUCCAAUGGGACCCAACCACCUCUCUGUCUGGCUCUUGGACCUCUCCCCAGGCCACACACUCUUCACAAAUUCUGCCUCAUCAGCUCCUUGAACAGGUGCGGAAAACCCUUUUGCCCUGCAGAUGUUGCUGAACUACAACUACACCAGCCCCAGCAAACCUGGGUGAUGGUCUGAAGUGAUGGGAGUUCAGCCACAUCUGGAGGGGCAAAGCUUCUCCACACCAACCUCUGAAUGUCUUCUGCCUACCCUUGUACUCUGUAUCUUGCUUGCCUGGGUGGAGAAUAGAGAGGGGGCUGUAUGAGUGUGGGUAGAAAUUAGCUUCCUGUGCAAAGGUAAAAUUCACCUUUGCUGCCUUGCUGACUUUUGCCUCAGGCCCUCUCCACCCCUGGCAUGUGGCCCUCUGGUAAGGUGCUCAGAUUGGAGCCCAACCCUCGGUCUGAAGCGGGUUCCCCCCACGCCACCCGCAGCAGGGGCACCUCCAGCUUAGCAUUCUGGCUAAAGACACAGCCACAACUCUCUGGCUGGAACAGCAGAAGUUAACGUGCUUCCACAAAAUCAAAAGGUUCUGUGUGUGCCCCAGCGUCCCUCUGUCACAGCAGCGCUUUGUAGUUUUUGUUUUGGUGUCCUGCCUUGUCCCCUGACAUCGCAAGCCUGUUCUUUGUGGGUUUCCUGUGUAUGUUUACUUCCUUCUGCAAAGGGCUGGGGGCUGGGCCCGUUGUUGUUGUCGUCUUGAGCUGAGCUUGCAAUUUCAAUUAACGAUAAUGCUAAAAGUGCACACAGCUGUAUGCUUUUGAGGCACCAAAAGUUUUGUGAGGGGGAGGGGAUUUUAGAAAGGGGGGAAAAACACUAGGGGGAAUUCUGAUAGGUCUGUGGGAAUGCAAAGGACGUCAAGUUCUGAAAGAAAACAGGGGAGGGAGCAACAGAUGCAUAGGCACAAAAUCAAAUGGGAGAAGCUGGGCUUUAUUUUCUCGCCUGUAAAGGGCCAUCUACCACAGUGGGAAGGAUUCAAGAGCCCUUUUUAAUGCAUCCAGGUGUACAAGGGUGGGCUUAAAGUGAAGAAGUGUGUGUGUGUGUGUGUGUGUGUGUGUGUGAGAGAGAGAGAGAGAGAGAGAGAGAGAGAGAGAUCCUUUCAUGUGUUCAGUGCAGAGGGGACUCUAAACAAUUUUCAGUUGAAUCUGGAUACACUCUACCCUGUGAUUGGAACCCCUGUACAAAGGGAGGCUUCUGGGCAUGCUCAGUUGAAUGCAGCCAGUAUCUCCAUGGGAACCCAAGCAUGGAGAACUUCAGGCCUCUCUAUCUGACUUUUUAGGCUCGGCCCCCAGGUUACACCCCUGUGUGCCCCCUACACAGUUUUCACCCUUAUGCAUUGUAUUGAAUGCCCAAAGAGAGGACUUGGGAAAGAGGUAGGCAGAUGAGGAAGAUAUCAGCAGGACUGUAUCUGUCUCUCUCUCUCUCUCUCUCUCUCUCUCUCUCUCUCUCUCUCUCUCUGUGUGUGUGUGUGUGUUCCCCAACUAAAGCUCUUCUGCUCUGUAGGAAGAAUCCUGGUGAACUGAUAGAUUUUUUUUGGAAAAUAUUGCUAGUGUGAUUAAUGAAUCUUUCUUGCUAAUGAGCAACCUCGUAUGCUGAAUGGGUACUGAAAACUGUAAUAAAUGAAUAGGUGCUACGGGCCACGGAUUGAGAGAAGGGGUACUGUAAUGCCGUUGCUCAUCAAAAAAGGGGAACAUCACAGGAAAGUAGGAAGUACCCAAGUUGCAAAGAACUGAUAUUAAUGUUUACAGAAGUCACAUCCAUGCCACACCAUAUAUUUAAAACACUCUUGCACCACCUUAGCAGUCAUGGUUCCUAUGCAAUUGUACCUCUGCCAAGGGGUCUCUGAACAACUUUCAGCCUCCUUAACGUACUGCAGUUCCCAAGAUACUUUAGCAGCAUAAGAGUGCUGCUAGCACAGGAUACUUCUGAGAUUUUGACUUCACGAUGUAUUCCUAAAAGCUACUGGGGGGAAUAGUCACAAUUUUAGCUUUUUGCAGGUAUGCCUAAAUAAUGUCCUUUGUCAGUAUCUUUAUCGCCCCAAAGGACUUACAGUGGUACCUUGGGUUACAAACGCUUCGGGUUACAAACUCCGCUAACCUGGAAGUAGUUACCUUGGGUUGUGAACUUUGUCCCAGUUUGAGAACGGAAGGCGGCAGUGGGAGGGCACAUUAGCGAAAGCACACCUCAGGUUAAGAACAGUUUCAGGUUAAGAAUGGACCUCCGGAACAAAUUAAGUUCGUAACCCGCGGUACCACUGUAUACGAGUCUUAAUGGUGUAGAAUUUAGAUUUAUCACGAGGAACAUAGUAGCCUUGUUAAAAUUGGACAUCUCCUUGGGAGGGGUGGGGAAGAAAACUGUCCGCUAUUUCGUGCAUUUAAGAAACACAUAGUCACAGUGCAUUGCAAUUUAUAGAUCCCUAUUACGAGCCAAGUUGCUAUAUGCUGUGUUUCGGUUUCCUGUCAGUGGGUUGGAGACAGGGCAUUAAGACUGAAAUAUGCAAUGUGGAGAGAAGUUUUUGCAGCAUAGUGAAGACAACGACAGGCUUAGGACAGUGCUUGUGGUAGUGGCGAUCUGGAGCUUCUGCCAUCCUCGUACAGCUAGAGAGCUGCAAAACUGAGCAUGCCGCCAUUCAGGAACCUCACGUCAUGUAUUGUUUACUUUCUUAAACUCUUCUUGUUUUAUUUCCUUUGCCCUUCGCAACAAGAGCUAAAAAUCCCCAGUGUGUGUUCUUUAUUCUCUUUUGUGUUAUGUCAGCAGCAUUGAACUUGGGACGCUUUUAAAAUUAGUUUUGCCCGUUUUUGGUUUCGUUAUACGCUGUCCCUCCAUUAUGUGUGGGGGGGGGAGGGAGCGAACACAGUAAAAUGGGAGCAGUUCCCUGAGGUAUGAUUCCAUGUUUCCAUGUAAAUAUUGCAGUCACAGAGCUGGGUCCGGUCUCUUUGAUCUUUCCCACCUGCCAGCUCCCUUUUAGCAAGGGUUAGAUUAGGGAAAGUUCCAUGCAGGUGGCCCCAUCCAUAUGGCUGUGAUAUACACAAACAUCCUCUCUUGCAACAGCAGAGGAUCAUGUUAUGCGGUUCUUGCACUGUUCUGUGUUUGUGAAGGAGCUUUAGAGAAUUUAAUCUGGACUUUCAGCCUUCAGAACUUCUAACUGUAAAAGCUCAGAGCAGGUUUGGAGAUGACUGGUCUUCUCAGACUUAUCUUCCAUUUUGCUUUCAAUGAAUAACCUCCUUCACCCUACUCCUGAACACUGGCAUCCAACGUUGCCCUAAUGUUUCAGAGCAAUACUUUGUGCCCUAUUCUAGUCAUGCUCAGCUAUUGAAAAAGCAGUCUGGGUUCACUGUAGGUUCCCACAGCUACAUCACUGAAACAAAGUGCUGCUUUUGGGUUGGCGGCAUUUUGCUUGCGGAGUAACUUUUGCCUUCACUUGAAAUGCGUUCUGCGUUUUUAUAUGUUGGAUGCUUACAAGGAUAUCAGUGGGCCACUAGCAGGAUAGUGAUUGGCUCAAUACCUGAAGAGCACGAGGAAAUAGGCAGCAGGUAGUGAGGUGUUGGGGUGUUUGAGGGAGAGGACGGUGGCAGGGUUCUGUGGCUUGUGUCCCUUUUCUCAAGCCGUUUAUGCCAACAAAAUUUAAUGGACACCCUUCUGGUGCAGCUAAAAGUAGAAGUAGCUAAAACAGUCACCUGAGAACCAGACAGUGUGUUUUAAUGCUAGUGGAGAAAUCUCCUUCUGGGCUCCAAGGCAAACAAAAGGAUUGCUUCACCUUCAGAUUUUCAUUGCUCUCUAUCUGUAGCGUCUUUAAGUCUGCAACUGUCUGCAGACUUAACAUUGGCAAAGAUAAAAGCCCUGAAUCUAAUGGCUUUGUUGCAGGCAGUUGCUCCUUUUUGCUUCUUUCUCUAUUCUCCCCCCACCCCCUUGUGGAGAUUAUUUCCUUUUUGAAUCCCCCUGUUAUCUCCAUUAUUGACAUACCCUGUAAUUUUCAAAAUUGUCCACUAUUAGGUCCCUGACUCAGUUUCUUCCCCCUUUGUCUGCAAGUGGGUGCUUGUCUGGUGUGGUGUUUAAAUUUUAUUUUAACCCCUUCUGGUCAGGCAGGUGUGGCUUUUAAAAACAUAGGCACAGAAAUCAUAGGCUUUGCUAACAUCCCUCUUCUUUUCGUUAACCACUGUGUAGCAUUAUGUCUGCACUGAGGUUAAUGUUAACCAUGGUUUGCUUUAGAUGGGGUUUGUAAACCAUCGUUGGCUUCUCACGCCUGCUCUACUAGCUUGGAUUCAGUAUUGUUUAUAGCCCUAUUUGCUUUUCCUAGUUGCCUCUGUUGCAUGGGCAGCUAGCUUUGGGCUGUGUACCAUAUCCAUCCCAUCCACCCCUCUCUGUUGUACACCCAACUGGCUUCACUGGUUUCUGGCUGGAAGCCAGAUGGUGCUUUUUUUCUAUUAGCAUUCUAACUCACUUGCUAAUCUCUCUCCCCUCCCCCCCCCCAUCCUCCUUGAAAUUCUACAAGAUUGCUUCAAGUGGGCCUGCUCACUUCAGUAAACAAGCUGAGACUAUGUCCAUUGGCGGCACGUUUUAUAGAUUCUUGGGACAAAUAUUUCCCCAGUGCUUUCUUUCUGCACUUUUCCAAAGUGUGCAACUUCGUUUAAGCUGUGAGUCAAAUCUGUGAGAUGUGUUUUAAUAGUCUCUCCACCCACAACCUGCACAUUUUUGAAACGUGUGCACGUAUUUAAAAUAUUUAUAUCCCAUCUUUCAGCUGAAGUUCCAUUUGGACCCAGACAUAAUUGACUGUUGCUUCCACAGUGUGUGAGAAUACCAAACAGAACAAUCCUGACCUUAACCUCCCUGACUUGUUUUGUAAAUAAAUUCAGGAAAACUAGAUCAAGUUUUUCACAUUCAUUUAUAUCAUAUUCCUAAGUGUAUGGUAAAAUCUGCACGCAUUUAUUUCCAGUACUUCAUAUAAAUAACUUGUAAGACAAAGUGCUAGACACAAAUCUUAUUCUUCUGUUAUGUUCAGUUCUUAAUAGACUUGUAGCAGUGUGCUUUCUUUCUUUUAGAAAGAAAAGACCCUGAAUUUUACCCAGCAAUUUGGAUCUUGCAAAUUAUAGCUUAAAUUUGCGAGUGAUGUAUGACUAUUUUAAAGUUUUGCAUGGAAGAACCUAAGGGCUUUGAUUUUCUGGUACCAUAUUCAGAAUAAAUAAUGGCAUAUUUAUUGGUAUCCAUAGUACAUUCUGAGUACAUAGUGCACUUUUAAUAACUAGAAUGUGUGUGGCUUAAUUUCAGGUUCUUUAGUUUCAGGUUCUAGGACUUGACUUUGUACAAAUUUUGUCUCCCUUAAUAACAGUUCCUCUGUGGCCACAUCUAUUUUCUCAAGUUGUCCCCUCACUGGAGGAAUUUACCCCUCAGUAAAUUCUUCCUUGCUUCUCUGUAUAGUGUGCACUUUGGGAAAAUCUGUGUGUGAUGUUAUCAUUUAUAUGUUGGAAUAGCUGUGCCCACCUGAUACACAGUAAAGCCUCUUCCCUUUGAUGAAAGUGGUAGCUUUAGGUAUGAGCUGUCAGCACCUCUGCUGCCAGAGAGUUGAAAUGUGGUUCUGGGAAAUCUAGAUUCACGUCUAGUCAGCCUUAUACAUUCUGGAUAACCUUGGGGACUGGCUGCCUCUCAGCCCCAAGCCCCCACGUGCGAAAGGGAAUUGUUGUGACCUUGUUCAGACGUUUCUUGAGUUGAUAAGCAAAAUAAUUAUUGUAAAACACUUUGAAAAUGAAGUACUGCUGUAUAAAUGAUUGAUAAUGCAGGAGCAAACCAUUUUUAUCCUCACGUAUUUGACUAGCUGUGAUGAAUGUUUCAUUUUGGAGGUGAAUCAGAGCACUUCUAAAUGGUGCAUCUCCUUUUGUAAAGGAAGCGUGCAUACAAAAGUACAUAAUUUGUGUGGUAAGCCUGCUAUCGGAGUGGACAAAGCACUUUUUAAAAUACACAACCUUAUUUUGUUCCCUGUCUGGUUUUGUGGAAACCAGUUUUGUUACAGCAGAAACUGGCUGUGUGUAACACUGAUUUGUUUAUAGACACUGGUAACGCCACUAAGCCAUUUCCUCCCUCCUCCCUGAAAUAUUAUUUAAUUGUUUUUAAAUUGAUUCUCCAUUUCUAAAGGAGCAAAAUGUACAUGCAGCACCUUGAGGUAAAGUUACAAGAGCCCACUGAAGCAUGAGGUGAGGGGCAAGGAAAGAUAACUUGAGUCACUGGCCAUUAUAUCAGUCGAACGUCCUCAAAUGCAUUUAUUUCUGGUGGCACCUUAAAAAUUUGUAAAUGCUGGAACAAGUGGUUUCAGAGGAAUGCUCAAGAGAUGCAAAAGAAAGAAAAGCCCUUUUCUGUCAUUGUGUGAUGAGAUCCUGGAGGAUCUGUUUGUUACAGACCUGAAGUCUUAGCUGUGUUUUCCACAAAGGUAGUGGGAUCUGGGGAAACUGGUGGCAUUAUAAUCCUGAAAGUUGGGUGCUUGAAUGGGUGGAAGGAUUAUACAUUACUACACCUACUUAACCAUUUGGCUCAAGGGAGCAAGAAAUGGAUUUCUUGCCAAACCAGUGCUCCUACUGGCAUCUUUGCACUGUACCAGCCUUGCCCUUCCCCCUCCUGGCAAACCGCAGUGAUGCAAUUGACUGGAGGUCAGGUGAGUGCUGCAAUCCCACUUUGCUGUCUACUACUGCGAGUUGCUUUUAAGACGGGCCGAAUGUCAGCCUUGGAUUAGGUAAAGGUAAAGGUACCCCUGCCUGUACGGGCCAGUCUUGACAGACUCUAGGGUUGUGCGCUCAUCUCACUCUAGAGGCCGAGAGCCAGCGCUGUCCGCAGACACUUCGGGUCACGUGGCCAGCGUGACGACGCUGCUCCGGCGAACUGGCACCAGAGCAGGACACGGAAACGCCGUUUACCUUCCCGCUAUAAAGUGGUACCUAUUUAUCUACUUGCACUUAAGGGUGCUUUUGAACUGCUAGGUGGGCAGGAGCUGGGACCGAACAACGGGAGCUCACCCCGCCGCAGGGAUUCGAACCGCCGACCAUGCGAUCAGCAAGCCCUAGGCACUGAGGUUUUACCCACAGCGCCACCCGCGUCCCAGCCUUGGAUUAGGUUCUGUUUAAAGUCUGUUGGACUGAAGGUGGACAUCCAGUGUGGAAAGGAAACUUGCCCGCAAGUUUCGGGAUGGUAGUCUGGUUCUUUAGCCACGUGAUUGCUUUGCCUGCCUUGAAAUCUGUGCUGUUGUUGUUUCCCAACAAUAAGAGUUGUUGCCCCUGUUGCUACAAAGGCAGUAACUGAUACAGCAGCUUGAUGAGUGCACACUGCAAACAUUAUAGAAAGGAAUAAGACUCCCUUUCCCAUCCCAAUUCCUGAUUAGAAGUAUGUGCAGGCAGGUAAAUGGAGUGUUGAAAUUGACUUGUCCGAAUCUCAAGCAGCUUCAGGCCUAGUUAAUUCCACUCAAGAGAAGCUUAGAAAAUGUGGUUGGAAAGCUAUACUAUAUGGAGAAAAUGGAUUUUAGAAAUAAGGUAAUAUUUUUGGGCCAGUGUGCUACUGCUUUGUGACUUAGCUCAUUUUGUUCUUAGAGAUGCAUGAUUAAACAGGGGUUACGCACAUUCCAUUGGGUGCUUCAAAAACCACUCCAUGCCUGGGGAACGAGUUUUGGGGUAGAAUGAACCCUGCCAAGACUCAAGGAACUUAAAAUAAAAUCAAGAGUUUGCAGUGCUGCAAUUCCAGAAAUUAUUUCAAGAACAAAGUAAAGACAUCCUUGAAAUGAUGGUAUGUUAGUGUUUAAUGGAUUUGUGGCAUGUUUAAUGGUUUUUUCCAAUAAGAACAGUAGUUACCUUCAGUCCCCUAAAACCUGUGCAUUCUCUUGCUGUGACUAUAAGUGUGCAUGCUCUUGCAUUCAAAUCUGAUAUUGAAACUGUUGACAAUUCAGUUUUUCUCUCUUUUCUUCAUAACUUGGGUUUGUGUCAUUGCCUGUGGCAAGGUAAAGGGGGCAAUGAGCCAACAGUUUAGUUACAGGGAAAGAAUUAUAGAUUUAUAACAAGCUAUUAAUAUGUAGGGAAUGUAAGCCCCACAACUAUGAGCUGAAUAACCACAUUCUGCAACAAGAAUGUGUUCUAUCCAUUCAGGAAUUGUACAUGUUUACUUUCUUUGCAUUGUUAGAGCUGAGGCCACUGCAUUUCUUCAGUGCAGGGCUUUACAUAUUAUUUUCUUAAGAUACUGGAUCAGUGGCAGGUACUGCAUAUAAACGUCAGUGUCCAGGAAUAUGUGAACUAGCCAGAUCUUAGAGAUAUCACCUGAGCCAACCACUGGGUCUGGAUUUCCAGCUCAUGUUUAGGUCCGUUCAGGUAAGGGAUUCUGAUGGAGCAGCUUGUUUGUUGCACCUUGCAUUGCUCCAUAGACCCAUGAGCAUCACCAGGUAGAAACCACUUGGGAAGUUCUGGCAAAGAGAAGAUGAGGUAAUAAGAGCAUAAUUUUGCCAACCUAUCAGGAGUGCUUUAGAACAUAAACAACUUAUGUUCCUUAACUAUCUCAUUCUUUCCUACAUAGCAGGAAGAUAACCCAAGCAAAGAAUAUGCACAUAGCUGUUCUGAUAAAUAAAAUCAUGAAUGUUUGUGAACAUGAUAAAUAUACAGUAAAUAUACAGCCAUUCACAAAGAUGCAUGAAUUCUGAUAAUAGCAUGCAAGUCAAUUUUAUAUGGUAUGCUGGUUGCUAUGAUAUCCAUAAAGUUUGGUAUCUUUCUGUGCAGACACCCAUUUAAAAUAUUAAUACCGUGUUGGGGAAAUGAGAUACACUUGCAACAGAAGUGCAGCUUUGAAGGAACGGUGCAGACUAUGUACAAAAACUUUAAAAAUGACCGGGGGGUAGGGGGCGGAAACCAAGUUUGGUGAUGCUACCAGGUAGUGGCAAAUAAUGCCCAUUUUAAAAAAGCUGGAUCAAAUUAAGGGAGUACAUUGCAUAUUGUUAAACCCAAAGAGUGAACAUGCUUGUUUGCUACCAUUGUUUCGUAAGUGCCUAUCUUCUCACUUCUGAGCAUUUCUGCACCGGAAUUGGCAGGUUCAUGGAAAUAUUUGCGCCACCUCAUAUCCAUGCACCCAAGCUUUUUUUUUCUUCUUUUGAAAUCUUGGAUUUAGAAAGGUUAGGUAGACUGAGUGGGUUUUUUUUGGCUCUUGAAACUUGAUGCAGAAUUCCUUCCUUUGUAAGGCAGAUCGGAUGGAUGGAUGGAUGGAUGCAUAGACAGAAGCAGGUGGUAUCUCAGAAAUGGUGUAUCCUAAUAACAAGGGUUGACUCAAAAUCCUUGGAGCAGCCAUUUCCAAAGCUGCAUUCAGUGAUAAGUCCAGAGCGUGAUUAUUGAAUUGCACCUGAAAUGUUUUUAGGAAAGCAAAAACAGUAUAAAUCAAGCUAAUCACUAAGUGUAGCUUUAGCUUAUACUUCUAAUGUUUUAUACAACAGCAUACCAAUAAUUCUUGUGUUAUGAGCAACAGACCCUGCUUUGUAUGAUACAGAUAUUGGAGCUAAUCUUGAGAAAUGAUUUUCUAUAUUCUCAACACUUUGAAAAGAAUUAAUUUGUUUCUGUGGGUAGACUGUCAUAUGGGGUGAAUCUGUACUGAAUCAUGUACCGUGCUGAGUCAAGCAAUUGGUUAUUCCAAGCAUGACUCAGUUUAGAUCCAAACCUUAUUAGUGCCUGUUACUAAUAGUACUAUUUAAUUUCUGUUCCAUGUCAAAGCAGGUUAUAACUUAGCCCGCAUCCCCUGUCCUCAUCUUGCAAUAAUAUUGUCAGGUUCAUCACACUGGCAUAGCUGCUUAACCAAAGCUAUGCAGUGAACGUCAUGUCUGAAAAUCAAUCCUCAUGUUAUGCUAUUCUUAACAAAGGGGUGCGUGGCACCCCUCCCCCUUCCCAUGUCUCCUACAACCACACUCAACAAUACAUUGAGAUUCAUAUAUUUAGGUGUGUGCAACAGAAGGAACAUAAAUAUUUUUAUUUCUGCAGAUGUCCAGGAUCUCUUCUUUCUCCCCAUCCGCUUUUGUUCUUCAACGUCACUGUCUGAUGCUCCUUUUGUUCAGCUCUUCACUUUCUUUCCGCCAACAUUCCCACUUCCAUCACAAGGAAAAGGAGCCAUUUGCAAUGAAGCAAAGCUGCACAAUUUAAUUUUCAUGUUGCAUUUUGACUGUAGAAUUUGAAUUGUGUAUUGGAAACUUCUACCAGGUUUUUUGUAUUAUUUUACUUUCUAGUUGCUCAGUAAAAAAGAGUCUCUAGGCAACUUACAAAAACUUAAGAACCAAGGGCCAUAGCAUAAAAAUGAAAAGGACACAUCACAAUAAAACCACCACCAGCCCUUUUUUGUUGGUGAUCCAUUUCAACCUUUCUUUUCAUGAUCUCCUGUUUAUCUAAAAGGCAUUUCUAAAUGACUUUAUCUUUUUCUUUCUUUUUUUAAAUCACUAAGCUGUGUAGAAUAAUAGAUGAUCAAGGGCCAUCUAGACCAACCGUCUUCAAUGCAGGAAUCUCAACUAGAUCAUUAUGUACAAUAUGAAACCAAUAUCCAUUAAAACAAAUACAGCCUAAACCAAUAAAACAAUAUAGAAACAUAUAAAAGCCAAUAAAACAGAGAUUUAUUUGUAGACAUAAAUCAGUGUCCAGUCUUACAGAUCAGGCAAAACCUGGACAAAAGGAAGUCUUUACAAAACGUCUGAAGCAACUAAGGGCAGAGCGAAGGGCAUUCCACAGAAUGAGCAACAGCAGAAACACUGAUAUUUCUACACUUAAUCUCUCUCCCUCCCUCCACCUCCACCCAUGUUUCAAAGGUUCCAGUCUUGUGAUCACUCAACUUGGAGGAACCUGGAGGUGCAGUUUACAUCAUCAUCCCAGCUAAGGGCUAAAAUGUUUAAGCCCAAGCCUCCUGUCACUCAUUUUGUUGGGGCGUGUCUAUACGCUGCUCAAUACUGCACUAACCUAUGGUCGUUCACUAAACUGCCCUCAUUAUUAGGAGUGGAUAUGAAAUCUCUUUCUGGGGUGUUAGGUCUCAUGGGGCUGUUUCACAUAAGCAAAUUAUCUGCUGGUGCUGCAGUCACUCAGUGAUGAACAUGCAUGUACAAACUUGCCCUAACAUAUCUGAUGAGGCGGAUUGUGAAGUAGAAUUGCACAGAUACUAAACUCAAUUCCAUUUUCUGUUAUGGGGGUGGGGGGAGGACAUUUCCUAUGACGCUUAAGUAUUCUGCCAGCAGCACCAUUUCCCCAGACCUAUCCAUAGUGUGUCAUUUAUAGUCCGUGCGGUCAAACCACUAAAUAAUAGUUGUGGGUGUGAAGAAACAGUGCCAUAACUGUGCUUUACAAAGGGAGAAGCUUUUAAUAGGAGCUAUUUUGAGUCAGCCUGGGGAAGGAAAUGGAGGAAACCAGAACUGCUUUGGAGAGAUAUUAUUUAUAAAGGCUUGUUAUAUCAUCUGAGGGUUCCACCCCCCAUGCCCCGCUUAUACAGGGUGUUUGCUAACACUUGAUUCAAUCUGGGUUUUGUUGUCUUUGGGGCAGGAUUCUUUCUUCCCUCCGUGGUACCUUCACAGUCUUGGAGAUCUGAUGUGGUUUAUACAAUGGUAGUUUGGCUAUGGCAGAGGGCCUAUUGUUGUGCUUCUAUAUUAGAUACUCUGCAUCCAGUACCAAGCAACAAACAUAUACUCUUUGAGGGCAGGGAGGUAUAAUCUGAUUAUGUUUAGGCAGUAUUAGUGCUGCUACUGAAAUUGACAAAUAUGUCCCUUAAGAGAUUCCGCAACAGCCUUGUAUCCUGUUCAGCGUUCCUGGCAGCCUUCUCAGAUGCAUAGUGCUUCCCUCAAAGCUAAGGUUCCCACCAUUUUGAACUGGCCUGGCUUCUGUACUGCUAAUGAUAGGUCUGAAAUGGAGAAAUUUAGCAGCUAACAUUUUCCUGCCUUGAAAAGCUUCACCUGUUUACUUCUGCGUUUCGUUACUGGCUUUGAUCCUGUGCCUUAGAAGGUCAAAACUGCAGGCCUGCACCAAAUCUCUUUGGGAAGAGAGCUUUGGGAAGUUUCAUAACUUCCUUCAUGCUAUAGCAGUGGGUGUUUUGUGUGCUUGCAAUAUCUGUAUUCCCAAAGCAUUUUCUUUUCAAAUUCUUAGGAUCAAAAUAUUCCCAUCUGAUUCCGUAAUACGACAUUUUUUGCUUCAAGGCUUGUUCAACAGUCAAGAGUUAUUUGGCACCCACCAUUCUUGAAGUCUAAAAACCUGUUUAUUUGUGCAUCCAUUUUUAGCCUGCCUUUCCCCAAGGACCUUGGGAUGGUGUAUUUGGUUAUUUCUCCAUUUUAUCCUCACAGCAUCUCAGUGAGGGUAGGCUGAGCUGAGCAAGAAUAACAGGCUCAAGGUCACCCCUAGAAAGGUGCGUGGCUGAGAGUGAGUUUGAACCAGGGUCUUCCUGGUCUGAUACUCUAACCACUGCACCACACUGGCUUCUAGAUCUUGUGCUGCAGUACAAAGAGGCAUGCAAAACAAUCUUUGGGAAAUGUUACAGAAAAAUAAGUAGUGGCAUUCCAUGAAUCGCUCCACAAACCGAAAUCUCCUGACAAAAAUAGGUUAUUGGGUUCCCAGAAAACAGAAUGAGUUACAGAAUAGUAUGAAGAUUUCAAACCAACUGCUACACUCCUUCAAGAAAGGAGUUGCAGCUAUAUGUUUGGUGUUUCCAAGCUUUUUUUAAUAAAUAAAUUAACAGAAAAUGUAAGAAAUGUAAUAUAACCUCUGUACAGUGCAGAGUUGAUGAAUUACAUUGUUUAUUAAUAGUGCAAUCCUAUACAUGCUUACUCUGAACUAAGUCCUGCUGGGUUCAAAUGGGGUCUGGUCCCCAGUAAGUGGGUUUAGGAUUGCAUUCUCUUAUUCUACUACUGAUGAAAAGAAAGUGAAACCAUUCCUUCUCAAAAGUAUCCAGUUUUACCUUUAACAUGUGUUAAAAUCUGUAAGGUUAUAUGUAGUUGUUAUCUAUACCCGAAUUCAUUCAUCGAAUCACACCUAGGGGGAAGUAACUUCUUUUUUUUAGUCUCUUGCAAUCAACAUUUGUUUCUUUUAAACAAUUCAAAUUAAUUUCUAGCUUCUGGGACACCAUACAAUCACCUCUUAUCAUAUGAUGCAGUUUGCCCUGCAUGUUCUAAUUGGGCAGUAAUAAAUACGUGUAGAAAAAACGCAUAUUGUAAGGCAAGGAUGUUUAUUUUACAGCAGGUAUGUGGCACAGAAAAUUUGUACACAACAUUUAGGUGCUAAAGCAAAAAAGUACUACUUAUGUAAAAAAAAAUAUUUUCACAGCUUCCUUACAGGAUAUUUUUCUCUAGGCGGUAUACAAAAAUAAAAACACAACUCUAAUAAUAGGACAUAAAACACAAAUUGCAGCAGCCUGCAAGUAGUAACUACAGACUAAUCAAGCCUUUAAAACAGUGUAUAGACCAACAUAAAAAUAGCCCCAAAAAUCCUGAUAACCAGCAGCAGAUUAAAACCAGAUGCUCUGAAAACAGCAGCAGCAUAAAUAAAAUCAUCUAAAUUAAAAUCACCUUAAUGCUUAGGAAGAGGGUUGCUGCCUAAGCAGAAUCUAGUGGAAAAUGCAGACUUCUAAGAGUUAUCAUAUUUGAAAUGGGACAGAAACUUCUCCUGAUUUAGAUUGUCAGGAGUUGAGGUUUUUGACUCACUUACUGGAGUUAUUUGCAGUGUGCCUAUACUCUGAUUAUUCUAAACUGCACAAAAAUAACUUAUUUUAUUUGUUUAUUUUGCACUUGUUCCCUUGGUGCAAGGAUUUCCACUUCUGCAACAGAACUUUCCCCCUCUCCUCUCCUGGCAAGUUCCUUGCAAGCUCCUCAAAUCCUCUGUGGAGUGUUGGAGGAACCUCACAGAUUAGAUUUAGCAGGUGCAGGGAGAGGAGAGGGAGGAAGGAAGGAAGGGAAGUUCCACUGAACUGGCAACUCCACCCAUUAACUCAAGUCUAACCUGUUUCAUAGACUUUUUGUGAGAAAGAAAUAAGAGGGAUUCAUGUAUGCCUUGACCUUCUCCUCGGAAGAAAGGUGGAAAAGAAUUGUCAUGAAUAGUGCUCUAUAUUCACCCUUUCUUAUAUGGGUUCUGGUGAGCUCCACUGAGCACAAUAGAGAUGGGGGGGGGACCCCUGUGAUUACAGAUUCAGAAUAUCUGGUAAACAAGAGGCCCCUGGGAAAUCACAAUACAGGAUCAAAGCUUCUAGUAGGAAGACUUUGUGAAAACGACAUAACACUCUGGCUUGGGUGUAUGAUAAUGGGACGAAAACACUGGUUUUGGCAAGUGAGUGGCACACAUGCUCCUCCUCCCCCCCAAAGCAAACAACUUUGUUCCCUUGAUGCCUGGAGAAGUAAGAAAGCAGAUCUGAGGGAACGGCAUGUCCCUGUAGCAUAUUCUAGGUAAUAUUACUCUCUUAGGAAAUGUGCAGUGUUCUCUAACUGACCCUUUCUAAACUGUUGACGACUAGAAAAAUUGGCUUAUUAGGCUACAUAUUUUCUUGAGAAAGAAUGUGUAGAGCAGGGGUGCCCAAACUUUUUUCAAAGAGGGCCAGAUUUGAUGAAGUGAACAUGCGUGAGGGCUGACCGAAGUUGUUGAGCUUUUUUUACAAUUUUACCCCUAAGUUAGAUUUUUUUUAGGAUUUGACCACGAAGAAUAAACUGCCACAGGGGCGUAUUAAACCGUCACGGGGGCCGAAUUAGACCUCCGAAAAGGACUUUGGACAUGCCUGGUGUAGAGGAUAGGUGACAUUUGGGAAUCUGAGUGGAUCCAAAAUCCAAGAUCUUGAGCUGCCCCAUACAGCAGAGAUAUCAGCCUCUGUAAUAAUGUGCCUCCAUGAAGAAUCUGGUGUUUCUUUUGAUGGAAUAUGCAAUUUCUCCCCAAUGAUCUGUGUAAAAGUUUAAAAAUGGGAGGAAGGGGGGGAAGGGUAGGUUUGGGCUGAAAAUAGACAUUUGCAAAGGAAAAAGUUUUAGGAAAAGUACAUAACCUUCAGUUGAUGUUUGUAGGCUUUGCUUUGGGAAGAUGUGUUGUUUAGAUCAGAGGUGUAGAAUCGGUAGCUUUCCAGAUAGUGUUGGACUCCCAAGUUGCAUAUAGUAUAUCCCAAUUUACUGCUGGGGUUGCCAAAUUCCAUUUGGAAGGGGAUUCCUGUGCCUUUCAUGGCUGCAAACAAAAGAGCAUUUUGCCAAAUGCCGCUUCCGCCACCACUGCAAUGUAGUGGUGAGGAAGCUGCCCAACGUCUCUACCUGUAUCAGAUUGGAGGUAGAAGAUUUCCGGAAGCCGCCUCAUCCAGUCCAGAUAGGACCUAAUCUCUGCCACCUGUGUACAGUCCAGGCUAGAGUAAUCCACAGAAAGAGAGCAAGUGCACUGCAGAGAUAUACCUACAGUUCAUGUGGCCCUAGUGAGUGAGACAAGUCACAUGCUACAGGCGGGGCUGUGUGCACACUGCGGUCCCACCGUUGCACCAUGCAGGCAUGGCUGAAGAAAUCACCUUGGGAAUCUUUGUUUUCUUUGCUUUAACGUAAGAUUAACCAACCCUUGUAAAUUGCAUGGUUUUCAGAAACAACGUAACUCUGUGUGAGCUAGAUUUGUGAGAAACACUUUGAAGCGCCACAUAUGUAGAGAUUUGUGGCUAUGCUUAGCAUCCAAAGGGCUUCUUCAGAAGUUCUGCAAAUAGAUCUUCCCAGAGUCGCCCGACUGUCCAAAGAAAAGAGCCAUGUGGAGCAAGCAGUGCCUGAACCACACAUCAGUGGAUGCAGCCACUCGUUCUUGGCAGCAGUGGAGUGGUACUUUAUAGCAAGCAUUAACAUGAGUGUGACAGCUGGAAGGAAAAUGCAACUGUACUCAGGAAUGCGCUAGGCCAAAUCGUGUGUCCUCAGUGUGGCUUGGGGAUAACAGAAUGAAGCAAUAUUAGUAUUUCUUGUAUCUCUUAGAGUGUGGCAUUUUGGAAAUUCAGGAAGCCGUAACACCUAUCUUUAUGGGGGGAAAUUGUGUCACAUGAUCACUACCAUACUGUGAGCCAUUUGUUCCUUUUAAUAGAAAACACAUUUGGUAGUGGACUGUGUUAACUGGAGUUCCAAUAUGGUCCCAUUUUUGGGUGUGUGUGCCCCCCACCCCAAAUCGUCUCUUGGAAACUCCUGUGGAGGUCUGCUGGUAUUUAGUUAGUAAUCAUGUAAAAAUGGUUUAAUGUCAGGUGAAAUGUUAAUUAUUCUAAUCUUGUUCACAAGGCACUGUGGCUUCCUCCCAGGAGAUAUUGUUUUGUCCUUUAUUUCCACUGCAAGAACUAUAUGAUUCAAUGUGUUUCCCACCCUUCUUGAGUAUUUUUUUCAUUCCUUGCAGGCUUGAAUCUAACCCAUUCCAAGGCAGACAUUUGCAGAUUAGGUGUCUAAGCAACUGGGCCUGUGAGAUAUUAACAGGAAGGCUUGGUUUCCUACCAGGACUAUAACUGACCUUGCUGUAUGAAUCUGAGCCCUUUUGCUAUAUACCAUUUGGUUACCAGGCAAAGUUAUCUAUAACCUGAUGAAAGCUGAUCAAGAAGGGGUUCACUAGAAAUUAUGCUCUGCUCAUUUUAAAGAGUGACUUCAAAGUGUUGCAUGUAGAAUUUUCCCUCCGAGCUCAAGGAUCCAAAGCAGUAACUUCCUUGCACAUUUGAUUAUUUAAUGGACAAAAGAAAUUCUAGAAAUUACAACUGAUUUGUAAAAGACUAGCAUUAGAUGGAAAACAAUUGGCAUUUGUAGGAUUUAAGACAUUGUGACUGCUGAAAUUCAAGAUGAGCAAGAUUUGGAGCGCCUUUAGAAUUUCUGGAUCUGGCAUUUUCUGAAAUGGAAAAUUAAUUUCCAAAUGUAGGCGCAAUUUUGGUUCAGCACUCUUGGAUUGUUGACAAAUAACACAUUUGAAGGCCAUGGUGUUUUUGAAAACACACACACACCUGUGUUGAAUGGCUUCUAAAGAGGAGUGACUAUAAUGGGAUUAACCAGAAUGAGGGCACAGGAUACACGAUCAACUAUUUCCAUAGCAGUCCUUUUUUAUUUUUAGCUUAUUUUUAGCACCAUUAGGUUAAUCUUGGUGUUAUAAUUAGCACAGUUGCAUUCCAAAUCACAUUCAUGGGAAACACCAUGAGAAUAACAUGCAGAAACUUUUGAGAAUAAACCAAAAUCCCUACCUUUUCACACAGUACAAAACUGAACUGUGGGCCUUGCUCCCAUCAGUGAUGUGUAUAUUUUAUUUUCUGUUGCUCCCUCAAGAAGUUCAAGGCAAUAUAUGUGGAUUUAUUCCAUUAUUAUCUCUCAGCAACUGUGUGGGGAUAGGCUAGCUAGGCUGACAAACAGUGGGUUAAUGCCAGAGAAGCUGUAAGAAGAAACUCCUUCAUUGGACGAAGCUUCUCUACAUCUAACAGUGAUUGGUGCAAAGUCACUGGAUGGUAUCCAACUUGUGUUUCUUGUCUAUUGACCUUAGUGAGUCUACACUGAGUAUGAUUAAUGUGGGAUAUCACCCUUUCAAUUUUAACUUUUAAAAAUUAUUUAUUUAAACAUACAUGCACAGUUGUCAGAUGCCUAAGGAACAAGUUACCUAGGCUCAUGACUUGAGUUGGGACUUGAACACAGAUUUCCCAGAGCCACAGCAAUACAUGAGUUCUUCUUCAUAUGGUGCUUUCACAGCGCUUUAAAUUGUGAAGCAAUUUGAAAGGGAUUCGGUUGCAGCCCUAUACACUAAAGAUGGGAGAACCUUUUGCUCUCUAGAUCUUGUUGGACGUCCAACUCCUAUCAGCCCAAACCGGCACGGCUAGUGGUUAGGAGUGAUGCCAGCUGUAGUUUGACUACUUCUGGAGUGCCACAGAGCUUCUUAUCCUGGCCUAUACCUUCUGUAGCACAUGCCUAACAACCAUUUGUGUGUUCUUCUAAGCUAAGCAGAUGAAGGUCCGUUUUGCUUUGCCCCACUUGCUUUUCCUCAAAGGUCCCAUAGAUUGUUGCCAGACAUGGAUAUUGGGGUCUUCUGUGUAUUUCUGCAGGCCUACAGGGAAUUUUCCUGUAAUGCGCCCGGGCCUUUUUGGUAUCGCACUACAUGUGUGUAUGAGUUGGGGUUUGACAGAGAAAAGCAAGCUACUUUGGUCUCCAGGGAGGCACAGGUAAGCUGGAUGCUAUCUCUGCUUCCCUUGCAAGCAAUUGCUUUGAAUGCCUGCGAUUUCUAGAGCGAUUUACUUGAAUCCAAAACAUUUGUUCCAGUGUAGCUACUAGAACAAUCAGGGUUUAAUUGGAGACAAAGUUCAGUCCUGGAACAUAUGAAAUCAAGAAAUAAAAUGCCCUUGAGCUCCUGCCCUUUCACUUUCAGUCUUUUGUGACACGAAAGCAGGCUACAAACACACCCUCAAAAUCCCCUUUCCAGAGACUAAACUAAAUACAGGUUGGCCACGUAACCAAAAAGCACCCCUCUCUGGGGUUAGGAGGAACGUAAGGGGUUUGGUGGCAGCUGCCUGAGUGCUUAGGAGGGCACCACCGACCUACUCAGAUGGGAAAAAGGGGAGUAAAAAAGGUUCUUUAUCCCUUCUAUUACAUGAGGCAUAAUACAGUCACCUUGUGUGAUAUAAAGUUCACCUCCUCUCCCCUCUUGAGGAGAGUAUCAGCUGAAGAGGCAUGUAAAUAGACCAGGUGUGUGGCAGUUGUUUUCCUGGGUGUGUAGAGAUUAAGGAUAUGAAGGGGGUGGGAAAAUUAGGAAGGGGGUCCUCCCCAUUCUUCCAGGUUUAUUCCUGGGUUUCACUCCUCUAGUAGUGAUAUUUGCAGUGUGUUUGCAUUGGGAGACAAGCCUUUGAAAGGGGUACACAUAGCUUUGAAUUUAAAGGUGUGAAUGGACAUGUCUGGAGGGAAUGGGGUACAAGAUGUUCCUAUAUUAGUAGCUGGAGGAAGGCAGGAAAAUUCCUUCAGGCCUGCUCUUAUCUUGUUUUGGUCCUUGUUUUGGUUACGUGGCCAACCUGUAUUUAGUUUAGUCUCUGGAAAGGGGAUUUUGAGGGUGUGUUUGUAGCCUGCUUUUGUGUCACAAAAGACUGAAAGUGAAAGGGCAGGAGCUCAAGGGCAUUUUAUUUCUUGAUUUCAUAUGUUCCAGGACUGAACUUUGUCUCCAAUUAAACCCUGAUUGUUCUAGUAGCUACACUGGCACAAAUGUUUUGUAUUCAAGUAAAUCGCUCGAGAAAAUGGGGAAGAGGCUUCCCUUUCUGGUUCUAUUGCUGCUUCUCUAUUUUUAGCUGCAGUUUUUCUUCUUACUCUUUUCCGUGUUUAACCAAACGCCUUACGUUAGUUGCUGUGUUUUAAUUUUUUACAUUUCUUAUUUUGUUGACUUGAUUUCAGAGUUUCUUUACUUAGAAGCUCUGGCUGAAAGGGUGUGCAGCCUUUUAAGUAAAUAAACUAUUUCAAUGCAGCUUAUCUCUUAAUCGGCUGGAACUACUGAAUGGGGAGGAAAAUUAAACAGCAGCUUCCAUCAAGGAGGAGAAAACAGUUUGGCUCCAUUAUAUUUUUUUUAAGCAAAAAGUAUGAAAGCCUUCAAAAAGCUUUCUAAACUGUGGUAGCCGAGUCUGUUUCCGAACGGUGUUGCCAGCUGUGUAUUUCCUGAGAGUAAGGUCAUGUGUUUUUGCAUUUGUAUUUGACAGCCUGCACCUAUGAGCAGAGUUACCGAGGACUGGCAGAAAGCCACAGCCCUGUUACUGUGCCUGGCUCAAGGGUUUGAAGCACUUAUGUAACACUAUAGCAAAGGAAAUACAGUCUCCAUCCAUCCCCAGCCCUUCGCUGGCUUUCCAUUUCUGGUUUUGUUACUUAGCAAAAUCUUGGGUUUCGUCCUUUCUCUGCUAGAGAACAAACUGCCCAAUAGGAACCUGCAUCGAAACAGCAGCAACCAAUGGAAGGGUGGCUGGGAGGGGGGGUGGAAAGGAGAGAGAAAGAUUUGAUUGUCUUUUGGGUUAAGGAUGAAGCAAACCCGUCAAGUCAUAUGAUGGCUUUACAAGAUAAGCAUAUGACCUGGGAAUUGUUUAUGGAAGGAUGCCCCUGCUUGCUUUCCUGCUCUCUCUCUGAACAUGCAGAAUUUAUGCAGAUGCCUCUUAUUACUUGGCCCCAAAAUGAUACUCUUGCAAUGAUUUAUUAAUACAGGCUUGGCUGCUUGUCUCCAGCCAUUAUUUUUCUCCUAAACGAUGCCUCCCUCCUCUGCAUUUUUGUAGAAUACAAUUUAAAUCUGUAUUUUUACACACACACACACACACACACACACACUGUUUAUUUCUUGAAUAUGCGCUUUGUGUGUUUUUGUGUGUGUGGUUUGUUUUUUAUCCUGUAACCAUUGUGUAACAAAUCCAGACAGGAACAUUUCCUUUCCUCUUCUCUGCCCCUAUUCAAGCAAAUAUGCUUUCUGAUUUGAGGAUUGAGUUAGGCUUGUGAUUGAGAGAAAAAAACUUUGUUCCCUUUAGGGACAUUUCUCCCCUUUUAAAAGAAUAAGGCUUUUAAGUGCGUCAUUGCAAGACACACUUGGUGUUAAGCCACAUGGUACCUUAGCAGAAUGUGACUGGGUUCUCUUAAGAUUGUGCAUGCCAAACCAGCGACAUUGUGCGUUCUGUGCAGCUGGCCCAGUUAUGGGGAGGGUGGGGGGUAGAUGGUUUAAAAAGUGCUGAAUAUGUCACCUUCGUUUUUGUGGUCCUACUACUUCCUGCGUGUGGAAUUUUGCAGUACAGCCUUGGGCAUAUCUUUAGCCUUAAGAAAGGAUGAGAGGGUCUCCGCCCCCCCUUUUGUUUCUUGUAUAAAAAUGGCUGCUGCUACAACUUCUAAUAAAUAAUAAAUAAAUAAUAUGUGCAAAUAAUUCCUGAAUUAAGCCCCUUUUAGUUUGCAUUACUUGAAUUGGUCCAAAGAUAUAUUUAAGAUAGCAAUCUUUACCUACUUGGGUAAAUACAAAAUCAUUCCUUUCCUUGCCUGCACCAACCUAUUGUGUAUCAGAAAAAAAUGGGUGUUUCUAGAGCCUUUUUAGUGUAACUCUUUCUUCCUUUUGCAGAUAAAUGGUUAAACAUUGAGCUGCAAAAUAGGAAGGGAAAUGCAAGUGACAUUCCAUAUAAUCUGAGGCUAAAAAUGAUUCCAAGUAUUUGUGUCCUUGUAUUUUGUGGUCAGAUAUGCCCUGUUGGUAUCUUACGACUCUUAACUGGAAAUCCCUGGGGAUUGUAUCUUGCUAAAUUAUACUUUGUGAGUAGACCCAUUGAAAUCAGUAGGCCUAAAUGAGUCAUGUCCAUUAAUUUCAGUGGAUCUGUUCCAAGUAUGACUUACAUUGGAUGCAAAUCCCAGGUUUGGGGAUGGAGGUUAUCCCUCUCCUGCCCUCUCCCAGGUGAGGAUAUGAGGUGAACAUUGGGUGAAGAUUCAUACAUUACAAGCAGCUUCAUGGAAAAGCAUGGGAAACACUUCCACAUGGCAGUGGCUCCGGGCAGCAGUUAUAAUGUGGCAUCAGUGCUGCCUCAUGAAACCACCAUACAUGGGAAAGCCACUUCUAUGAGAUGGUCAUAAUGUACAAAUCUGUCCGAAUACAUGGAAAAGGCUUCUCACAGGGAUCAUUCUGAAUAAGGAAAGAGCCUCCACACUGGGUUCUGACACCACUGGGAAUAUGGUGUGGUAGUGUGUGUGUGGGGGGGGGAACCUUGUUGUGACUGGUUCUUGUGCAAUAUUGCUGCUCGUGGAGCUAUCACUGUGAGUAAACAUUUCCACCAGCACUAAUGUGGUAGCUUUAGUAGGAAUCCCUAUCUUAAUUGUGGUGGUGCACAAAGACCUCAUAUUCUGGUGUUUAAAACCAGUAAAAAAGUGCUCCCUGAAUUGCCCCCUCAGUGUUCUAGCCCUGAUCUGCAGGGAAUCUACAAUUAUCAUUCAUAAACUUCGAGUUUUGGCAGGAUUUCUGCCGUCACUGUGCCCAAGAGGCAGAGGAGGCAGUGUCUGGCCCUGCAUGUGCGUGGUACAGUAGGGCUCCAGAGCUAUGCAGUAAAUGCUCAUAAAAAUAGGCUUCCUCCCCGAGCAUUAUAUAAUCAGAGGGAGUGAUGUCAUUUGUAACUGUGGAGAGUAUCUCUGAAAUUGCAGCCCUCCGCAGAUGGGCGACUGCUCACCGAGUGAGAGGAGGAAAAGGAGACCCGUCCGACUGUGGUGUGACACACUGCAGUGUGGGGUUUUAUGGCUUGAGAGAAGGAGAAAGCACAGGCUGGCAGGGUGAACAAUCUGUCUUUUAACAUGCACUCGUGUGCUUGUCGCAUAAGCUUUGUUCAGGGGAAAUAUGACAUUACAUCCAUGUGCACCCACUUAAGGAAUGUCGGUGGGUGUAGGCUUUUCUCAUGCCUGCCUGGCAAGGUGAGCCUCCCAAAACAUACUGGAUCUCAUCCACCUUUGCAUCAGAUCAGCCUAAUCCAGCCAGGAUCUCUCCCUCCUUCAUUUUGAAUGGAUCUUGCACGUGUACUCUUAUGGCUAGCCAGCAGUUUUCUGUCGAGAUGUAGAAGCUGCAGAACUCCAGACUCUGUAGCUACAUAGCAGAGUCGAAUUUGACCCAUGUUUGCAGGAGUCUUCUCUUGUGUUUUAACAUGUUAAAACUACUUGUGGCCUGUUUUGAGAAUGCAAAGCACCUUCCUUUAUUAGGUCAGUAUGAACAUGGAAGCUGGCCUCAUUCAUUCCUCCCACACUGUUCCACUUCAUAAUGAUACCUUUCAGUGCUACAAAAAGCAGUGUGCUUCAAAACUGGUACUUCCUGUCUCUGCAAAGGGCCUUGCGUCAGUCAUUUUUGCCCAAUAAAGAUCAGGAGUGUGGUUGAUAGGCUACCAGGUCAACCUUGGUGCUUGCUUGUUUAUACCAGUACAAAAGGUGUGUCAAUCUGCUGCCAGACAAAUAUGACCUGAAAGAGUUGUGUGUUGUUGUUUUUUAAAGAGAAUUUAUAUACCACAUAGCAUUUUUGGAGCAUUCUCUUAAGUGGUUUGCAAAUAUAUAGAAUUUAAAAUCAAAAUACAGUAAAAUAUACAAAUAAAGAUCAAAGUACAGUAAUUGCAUUGUAAAAGUUUCGUCACUUAAAUGAACAAAUCGGCAACUGAACAUGGUAACCUGCUCAAGCAUCAGAAUGAGGCCUGAGUAACACACAACCAAGUUUUCGGAUAUGUUUGAAGCAUCUUGGGGGAGAGUUUUCCAGAGGGUUGGGGCUACACUUGAAAAGGGCUGUUUUUGUAAGGUUUCCGGAUGGCAAUCCACAGUCUGAUGACUGUAAAGGUCAAGUUGGGCUAUUGUAGGAAAGGCUAUCUGCUGGUAUUCGGAUCUCUAGUUGUUUAGAGAUUUAUGUGCCAGUAACAAAACCUUGAAACUGGCUCAGUAGCAGAUAAGCAGCCAGUGCAGAUCCCUAAGCACUGGUGUCAUAUCUGUAGAAGUAGCCAUACCAUUUGGUAUUUUAGCUGCUGCAUUCUGUGCUCACUGCAGCUUCCAAAUCAAGUGGAAGGGAAGCCCCACAUAGAGCAGGUUGCAGUAAUCUAAGUGUGAAAGUUGCAGUUAUUGGGGAUUAAUAUGACUGUACUGAUGCCCCUCCCUCAAAAGAAAAGGUGGGAAGUUUCCACAUUUCUCCCCUCUUCUGCUGGAAUAAUCUAUGCAUGUGUUUUAAUCUGAAACCAGGUUCUCUUGAUAAGUAGUGGAGCUUUACAGUUCCUAGUUCCUCUCUCAGGGAGCCUUCAACAAAGCCGCCCCCAAGUUAGACCUGCUUUCCUUCCUAUCAUAAACUGCAUCAAAUAUUUAGUCCUUUUGCCUAGGCACCUUUGGUAUGUAUUUUAAAUAAGGGUGCCUGUUGCUCUGCGAAAGUCCUGUUGUAGACUAAGGAGACAGAUUUAAGUCCUCAGGAUCUAAGUGCCCCUGUCAUUGAAUAAGGGACAUUUGGUGGGUGGGGAAGCUGGUAACUUUGAUAUCAAAGCUUGGCCUGAUAGGUCAUCUGCUUGUGAAGCAUCCUGUUCUGCAGGAUUUAUUGUGAUACUAAGCAGCACAUGGUCAACUCCCAUCCUGCUUGGAUUGCAGGAUGCGCAAAAGCCAGUUGGUGCGUACUUUGCCUGUCCAUUUAGGAGCAUUUCAGGAAACAUCUACGUAGGUCACACGGUGUAGAUACAGAGAGGAAAUGAUUCUCCAACAUGUUGCAGAGGAGGACAUUAUCUGCAGAACGUUGCCUUUGUUCUGACUCAGCCCACAAGCCUACCACCUGGAUAUGAAAUUCACCAGUUCUUUGCACUGGUUUCAACUCCCAAUACUGACCAUCUAAAAAUUCAUCCUUACGUCUCCUGCAGACUAUGGAUUCAUCCACAUCUACCACUUGGAAUUAGUUGCUUAAAAUAUAAUGGUAUUCUAGAUUAUCUAAAUGUGCAAGGCUGAUAAAAUGCAGAGACGGGAAGCCACCCUAUUAUUUACAGAAAGCUUUUCUGAAUUUAAAGGCACUGCUUUAGAUUUGAGGAAAUAUUUUCACCCCUGGUGUCUGGGCGAGAUAUUAUGUUAUGUCAGCAUAACCUGCAUAUUAAGAGCUGGUAAGGUUGACUCCUAAUGCUAUGGGAGGUAAUUACCCAGCAAAAGGGCAAAUAUUGAGAGGUGAUGAAAUGUGUUACCUGGUAACUAUCAUGUUCUGCAUUUUGACUAUCUCUGAAGGAAAACAGGAAACCACCUUUUACCGAAUCAAAACUUUGGUGCACUUGGUUCAGUAUACUCUACACAGACUGGCAGCAACCCUCUAGAUUUUUCUCCAGAAUUCUUUUCUCUCUGAUUCUUUUUGUGGAGAUGUUGGGAAGUGAGCUUGGGAUCUUUGCUAUGCAAAACCUCUGCUCUUCUAGUGAAGCCCUGAAGCUGAAUGCAUGGAUUCCUCUCUCUAAGUCCAUGAAUCAGAGCCACUUCUGAGUAGACAGUUUAUAGCUAUGAGAAAUACGCACAUAUCAUGUCGGGUACAAAGAGCAAGAUCCUUUCAUUUAUUUACAGUAUUUGUAUGGCACUUUUCUGGCAGACCUCACAAAGCGGCUUACGGAAGAUUAUUACAAUAAUAAGCACCUGCUUUUUAAAGAAGGGUUACAAAAAGUGGAAAAGACAACCUGUUUGUUUAGAAGAAGCUGUUGGUGUUUUUUCUCCCCUCUCCUCGGGGCAGGUGGUCCCUUCAGAUGCCCCCGUGGUGACUGUUCCAAGUUUUUAAAAGUUUUACACAGCUUAGGACCCAGGCGGGUGUUGGAUCAUCUUUUCCACCCAGUCACUGAGUUUGCUGUCUUAAAGCUCUCAUUUGGGUGCUUCUACCUUUGGAGGCAAGGCAGUGACCUGGAGAGAGCCAUCUCUGAACUCUUUCCCCAGGAAGUUUCACCUACAUCAUGGUCAUUUUGACAGCAAUCAAAUACCUUUUUAUUCCUCCAAGCCUUUUUAAAACCUUGGAAGCCACUGUGAGAGCUUUAUCUGCUGUUUUGUACUAUACAUCAUCAGCUGGUUUUUUUGUCAUUCCUUUGGAGCUUUUUUAUAACAACUACUACUACUACUACUACAACUGUGAUCCACUCUGUGUGCCCCUUUUGUGUCAAAGAUGUGGGUUAUGCGUCCUGUCAACCUAGUUCAACCUUCAUAACCCUCAAUUUCAUGUCACCCUUCUUCAGUGCUGCCAGACAAGGGGACUUGUUUCUGCAUAACAAUUAAAGCAAUGUAAUUAGUUUAUCCAUAGUUAUACUGUGCCCUCAAGUCAUACGAUGAUCUUAUAUUGCUGCAGUGAGAUGGCUGGACAAAUCUGAGUGUAUUUGCAUAAACAGUCCUACAUGGACCUCCCCUAAUUUGAAUUAGUCACUACCCUUCAAGUCCAGCAAAGCCCUCCUAAGGCAUUUGCAAGUGCACCUGUUGCUGGGGUGGGAACCAUUAACUUGUGUCAACUCCCUGUGUCAACCAGCAGCUGUCAAUAUAAUUUUGUUAUCUGAGUUGCGGGGCCCUCUUGAUUGGCAGCAUGGGUGAAGUGCUAAAUAGUUUUCUUUUUCCAUUUUAGGAAAGAUAUGAAAGCCGGGGCAAGAAAUGGAAGGUGUUUAGUAUGCAUUGUUCUCUUCCAGAGUUUUUAAAGGUUUUAUUUAUUUUUUUACGUGUUAAAAAACAAAUCCAGCAAAGACAAAGUCAGAGCCUUGGGGCUGUUUUUCCAAGUGAAUUACAGCCUUUUGUGAAGAGUUUUUUUGGAAUACGAACACUGACAGGCUGUCCUCUCUAGUGGGUGCUACUCUUCCUGUGACAGUUCAUCAGCCAAACCCCUGACCCCACCACCCUUAAUCAUCCUUGCUUGUCAGUGAUAUAAUUGUGCGAUUACCAACACCUCCCCCCUCCUGGACUCCUUUCAGAUUACUAACAAUAGUGCAUGUGAAAUACAAAAUGUAAAUGAAGCACCCAGACUAAUUUUUCGGCCUUCAUUCAGAUGGACUGAGCUUGCAUUCCCCUCCUUUGUCUAUGAACAUGACUGAUGAAGGCUUUCAGGAACUCGGGAGGCCUUCAGUGUAAACGGAGAGGCUGACGUCAUGGUGUUAUCGAUUUGGGGAUUUCACUUUCAGUCGCAAGCUGUGAAUGAGCAUUGGGGAGAUUUCUUCAGGAGAGGGACGCAAGAACAAACGGCUACCAACUCUACCUUUAUUGGUUUAGUUCAGAAGAUGGGCAUUUUGGUCAUUGUUGAGGAGUGUUCUGCAUCAUCUUAAAAACGGUUCGGGGGGGAAUAUAACUUGUCUUCACCUUGCCUCCCUGUUUCGUAUCCUAUUUGAAAUUCAGGUUUUUAGCUGAAGAAACUGGCUCUUUUGCAUAUAUUCCUUUAUGUGGGUGGUGCUGUAUUAAAUAUUUUGAUGGGGGUGUUUAAUAAAAUAAUUUUGCAUAUUCAAAAUGAGCUCUAACUUAAUUCUGUGUGUUCAGUGCCUCCUCACUUCACCUCAGUGUAGUCUGCAUGGUCUUAUCAGGGUCAGGAAGGUCUUUAUUUUGACCUGAGAAUGGAUAGAUGUACUUUUUAUCUAGUGAGGUGCUGGGAACAGCCACAACUGGAGAUAUGAUGAAGGACUUUUCCCAGGGAACGGGGUGUGUGGGAAAUAAAGGGUCCAAAUAAGUAAACAUAUGCACAUAUAUACCUAGAAUCCAAGGCUACCAUUUGUAGUAGAUCCGUGACUGGGCAGCAGUGAGGCCUGGGUAGACCUGACUUCUGAGAAACUUGUAUUCCAGAUCCAGUCCUCUAUUGCUUUCCAUGAGUGACUUGGCGUCCAGACAGCUUCUUUCCACCUCUAGCUGUAACCCUGAAUUCUCUCCCUGGCUCCCUUCACCGCUUUUAGCCCUACAAUAAACUUUGCAGCCCCCUCCAUCAUCGUGUUUCCUGAAAGUGGGGGAGCUGACAUGUUUUUAGUAGGCAUUGUAAAGAGUACAGUGAAGGCAGACCUGUUCAGGGAAGUUUUUAAUGCCUGAUACAGUAGUACCUCUGGUUAUGUAAACUUUGGAACGCAAAAGUGGCAAACCCAGAAGUAUUUUACUGGGUUUAGCCACCUGUGUUCCACUGAAAUCUUUGUGGUUGACCAAGAAACGCCUCUUGACUCUGCCAUUCAUUCUAGUGUUGAAGGGAAGCAGAAUUACCCAUAGCUGUAUUGCUUUAUUCCCUCGAAGAUUACAAAAAACCUCAAGCCUUAUCUUUUAGCAAGUGUUAAAAAGGGUUUUUUUUGUUUUGGUUUUUUUCUGUUUUGUUUUUGCUCAUUGGGCCUAAGCCAAUCAAGGUUAGAUUUUUUUGGUAGAUGCUGUUGUAGUGUAAUAUUUACUUUGAUUUAGGCUCCUGUUACCUGCCCUGUAGUAUACCGAGUAUUUUAAAGAAUGCAAAUUAGCAGUCAAUCAUGAGUCUGAUAUGCAGUUGUAUUUCGAGUUAGCUAGUCUGGUAUUGAUGUGCUAAUAUUCAUCAGCACCUUGACUUGUGGAUCUGCAUUUGUCCAGGGUAUGGAAUGCUGUAUUUUAUUGAGGAGAGAUGGUUUCAAUUUGCAUCCUUGCCAUGGACUCAUCUGUAGUAUUAUUAAUAAUAAUAAUAUUCAUUUUUUUAAUACCCCGCCCAUCUGGCUGGGUUUCCCCAGCCACUCUGGGCGGCUUACAGCAUAUAUCAAAACAUAAUAAAACAUCAACCAUUAAUAACUUCCCGAUACAGAGCUGCCUUCAGAUGUCUUCUAAAAAUUAUGUAGUUCUUUGUCUCCUUGACAUCUGAAAGAAGGGAGUUCCACAGGGAGGGCGCCACUACCAAGAAGGCCCUCAGUACUGUUACAUAUGAAGGACUGUAUGUCUUGUGCUCACUACAUGAUGGUAUUGUAUAAUCCUAGGCUCCUUGUUGAUCUUUUAAUAGGAAACAUCUUGAAUCGGUUCCCUAAACACAGUGGCUGGAUGUCAAAAUAAUUGCAUGCGAUGGAAGAAUAAUGGUGGUGGUGUUGAACAUGCCGUCUUGGUUUGAGCUCUAUUUAGUACAUGGGGCCACUGCAUUUCCAAGUUUCUUUACUGAACACUGAAAAAUUCAGGAGUACUCCAAUAUGUGAUAGGUGUUGCCGAUGUAUAACCAGUCGUUGCAUUUAUGUCUGGGAAUGAACCUUGUCUUAGGUCACUGUAGAUGGUAACUAUAAGGAAGGCAAUGGAUUGACUUUUCCCACAAUGUAUGGGACAGAUCAUCUAGUUAAUCCCUUUGCCUGUGCCUUAUUGAACAUACCAUUCUAUUGAGGUCAGAGUUUUGCCACGUAAAGUGAAAUCUGUUGAAUGUCAGGUGCGGCUGAAACAACAAGGUUGUUACCAGAUGCCUGGGGGAACUGGGGUACUGUUGUUUGGGAAUCUAAUGAAAUGCAGCUCUGACUCCCACAUCUCUUCCUCACAGACGAGCUCACCUCCGCCUGUGUCUAGAACGUUUAAAAGUUCUGAUACCACUAGGACCUGACUGCUCCAGACACACAACCCUCGGGCUGCUUAACAAAGCCAAAGCACAUAUCAAGGUAAGAGCUGCAUCUCUUUGUGUUUUUCCAGCACGUUUCAGUAAGAUUAGUCUGGUAAUGAAGUUUUGAUUAUCUAGGAGCCAUAAUUGCACUAAGGAAAGUUGACACCCUACCUUGGAGGAUUAGUAUCAUAACAUUAUUACAUUGUAAGUUGUUGUUUUUACAGCACAGUCCUAUGCAUGUUGACUUGAAAAGGGCUCAGUGAAUUCAAUAAGACUUUACUGAGUCCCAGUAAGUGUGCAUAGGAUUGCAGCCCUAGUUUGGCCAUUAAUGUACAGAUUGACCUUGCAUUGGGAAUACUGUUCCUGAAAUGCUACUCUUUGUUUUUAAAGGAUUCUUUUUAAACUCCAGAACAUUUGCAGUUUCACAAACCAGGAAAUUCAUCAAGAGUUUGUCUUGCACCAAUGCCAUUAAAAUCAAUAGGAGUUGUGCAGGACACUGCAGUCUGUAAGCCAUUGGAGUCAAUUGAAAAAUAUUUAUUGUGCAAACGCCAUUAAUUCCAACAGGGCUUGCACUGGAGUUUUAACAGACUAUAAUCACUAUAAUAUCCAAACUGCGGCUCUCAGCUUCAUGUUAGAAACUAUAAUAGAAAGAUACAAAAGUUUAAUGAAUUCACUGCAGGAGAAGCUGCAGUCAGAUGUGGGAAGGUUUCUGUCUUCCCCAGGCUGUUCCUAUAGCAUAUUCAAGAUCGGGAGGUUCUGAAUAAGUUCAAAACUAAUAUGUAGUAUGAAUGCUUUGGAAAGGCAUUUGGCUAUAUGCAAUGAGUUUAUUGCACUUUACUACAUGCGCCUAAAAUUUAUAUCUGGUGUGAUUCAUUAUGUCAUUAAUCAUAGUCUUAGAAUGCAGAUUUUUCCACAAAAUUAAAUUAAGAGUUGGAUCAUUUGAAAUGAUGUGCCCUUCUGCUGGCAUUCUUUGUAAAUUAACUCUCAAAUAUAUUGAGUGUAUAAAUACCACUGAAAUACUGAAGAAAACAGGAUAGUAAAUAAUAUGGCUGAAAUCGUAAGAUGUUUACUUGGCUAGAAUUUCUCCUGAAACUGUAAUAUGCACACUAUGAAUAUGAAAUAAAAAUAGCAGUGUCCCUUACUGCCUUAAAGACUAACAAAAUUGCUGCAUUAACAAUAGCAGCAGAAGUGUUGUUUCAAGUUGGGCUUUCAACUCUUCAGAGAUGGAAAGGGGGAAAAUAGUAGAAUUUGAGCUGGACGGAAUUGUUCAAAAUCAAACCCAAUCUCAGAAGCAAGGCAAGACCAGUGAAAGAUCAUUCAACAUAAUCUAGACCAAAGUGUGCCAUAGAGAGAAUCUGAUGUUCAGCACAAAUUACUCCAGGUAACUUAAGCAACUGAGCCAGGCCACAUGCUACAGGGAAAUGCUGCUAAGGGCCACCAGUGUUAACUGUUGUUGGUUUGUUUUAAUGCCCUGAAAAGGGAAAGCCAGCACAAUAGUCAGUAGCAACACAAAGAAAGAGCCAGACUGUUUUGAAGCAACACAGCAGGUGCUCGUGUUUGCAGUUUUUCUGACUCUUCUCCUGAUGGUUUGCUUUAACAAAGGGUAGUGCCAGGCUCACAGGGAUCAGGAUGUGCUUAAACACACUGGAACAGCUCAGGCUUAGCAAGGGAGGGGAACCGUGCUUGCUUAAACGGAUGGCAUUAGCCUGAGAUGACUUUAGAGUUACGCAACAUGCUGGCCAUCAGGAAACCCUGUGCACUGGCCUGGUAAGAUUUCCCAGCUGCGAUCAAAGGAGUCUGCAGCAGAUUACAUAAACCACUGUUCAACUGGGAAACUGCUUCGAAGAAAUACCUAAUAAACCAAAUGAACAAGGGUACACCAACCUUUUUUUUUUUUAAAAAAAAAACAACUUCUAAUGCCUUUUCCACUUAAAUAAUCUGAACAGGGCUGAAUGUUCCUGGGUCAGGAGACUAUGAUCCACUAAUGGAGAGAGCUGACAGUGCAGCGUCCCGUGUUAAUUAAGCGCUAUACUCGAUCUCCCCUUGAUUUUGUCCUGUUAAUUACUCACCAGAAUCCUCACAGAGAUGUUUUCGUUCUUGUUGCCACCACCAGCAAGCUGUUUCGGUGCCACCCGAGAACAUAAUUCAUUUCAGAUGUUAGUCAACAGAGGGAAAUGAGUCUGCAGAAAAAUACUAGGGAAAUCCUCUGUAAGGAUGUAAGAAAAGGUUCAUCUCGUCCAGCAUUGUGUUCUCACAGUGGCCAACCAGAUGCCUAUGGGAAUCCCACAAGCAGCUCUGGGGCGCAACAGCACUCUGCCCACUUGUGAUUCCCACAGCUGGCACUCAGGGGCAUCUUGCCUCUGACAGUGGAGGCAGAACAUACCGUAGCUGUCAAGAAACAAUAAUUUGCUUGCUUUUUAUCAUGGCAGAAACUUGAAGAGGCUGACAGGAGAAGCCAGCACCAGCUUGAUAACCUGGAAAGAGAGCAAAGAUUCUUAAAGCGAAGAUUGGAGCAGCUGCAGGGCUCUCAGGAGAUCGAGCGAAUACGAAUGGACAGCACUGGAUCAACCAUUUCCUCAGAUCGCUCUGAUUCAGAGCGGGGUCAGUAUUUCAUCUGUGACUUUAGAGAAGGGUGCAGAAUUUUUGAGGCUCCCUUUCCACGCAUCUCCCCUCCUUCAGCCCAUGAGCAGCUUGAAUCUAAUUCAUCUGGCAAGGCAGCCUGCUUUCAGACAUCUAAAACAUUAUUUCUUUCGUGGUAGUUUCUUAACAAGGCUCACAGCUGGAGUCAGAUGAGAUGGGGUUCAAGAUAUCAUUUUGACCCCAUGCUGCUUUUCGUUUCCUGUUAUGGUAUUGAUUUUUGAUUUUCACCACCCUGGCCCUUCACCUGGAACUGUUCAACACAGAAACUAGUAGCACGAAGCACAAUCCAGCGCAAAGAUAAUGGCUUUAAACCCCAUUGAUUUGCCAUCUCCCAAUGUGCACUGGAGUGUUUCAUGUGUUGGAUCCUCCAGUGACUGUGAAGAAGUGGGUGGCCAUACCCAAAUGUAUUUCAGAUUUUCUUCUUUUAGUCAUGAGGGACCACAAAACAUAUUUGGGGAAAGCUCUCAGAUUCAUUUGUGGCAGAAACAUCUCUGGAUGCAAAUGGUACCAGUGUUGUUACUAUAUUUAAAAUGGAUUUGAAAAGCACAAACUGUGAAUACGAGAAUGACAUCACUAAGGUGUGACAAGAUGAUUUGCACUUCUUAUCCUACAUAGUACAGGCAAACCUCGGAGAUAUUGUGGGUUCAGUUGCAGGCCACCGCAAUAUAGCAAAUAUUGCAAUAAAGUGAGUCACAGAAACUUUUUGAUUUCCUAGUGCAUAUAAAAGUUUAGACUACGGUAUAGUGUGAACAUCUAGUAUAGUGUAAAGUGUGCAAUAGCAUAAUGUCUAAAAAAGCCCUCCAGUGUGCAUAUCUUAAUUAAUGUGACACAGAAGCACAACAUGCAUAUGCUGUUGGAAAAAUGACUCCUCCUUGACGCAGGGUUGCCACAAACCUUCAAUUUAUUAAAAACACAGUAUCUGAGAAGUGCAAUAAAGCAAAGCGCAAAAAAUGAGGUAUGCCUAUAAUUGGGAAGCAGCGUUAACCAGAAUGAUUGUCACAUUAACACUGAUAAACUCGAACCUAGUCUGCCUUGGCAUAAUAUCAGUAUAUGUCAACAUGGGGUUCUUAGAUGAGAUGAAGGGAAUAGCAAAAAUAUUGUGCCCCAAGUCAUUGUGUCUGUGCAGGAUCAAUUAGCAGCAGAGUCUCAUCUCCCUUAUAACACCCUUGCUAAUUUGCUCUUGCUAUGCUGGACUGAAAUAAGGCUGUAUGUAUCUGGCAUAGCUAUUAUUUUAACCUGAUUUCUACAUAACCAUUGAGAAAUCUCAGAAGUGGAGAUGUUUGAUAUGUUUCUCCAGGAUGACUCCAGAAUAUUAUUAUAUAUUGUUUCCCCCUAGAAGUUUGUUUUAUCUUCUGAGGAUGGUGAGCCAGUGUGCUUGAUGACCCAAAGUAUUGUCCAUAUAUUUUUAAUGGCAUGGGACAUACAUAAUGUGCCAUGCAGUUUGAUACACUAUGUGGAUUAGUGUCCUCUUUCAUUAAAGCCUGUCUUUUAUGGUUGCCUAGAGGAAUUUGUAAAUACAGGGACACACUUGCAGGUCAAGGCUCUUUGCUGAUUCAGUCAUUCGGAUACCGUAUUUUUUGCUCACUUUUCCCCUCCUAAAGACUCACUUUUCCCCUCCUAAAAUGUAAGGGGAAAUGUGUGUGCGUCUUAUGGAGCGAAUGCAGGCUGCGCAGCUAUCCCAGAAGCCAGAACAGCAAGAGGGAUUGCUGCUUUCACUGCGCAGCGAUCCCUCUUGCUGUUCUGGCUUCUGAGAUUCAGAAUAUUUUUUUUCUUGUUUUCCUCCUCCAAAAACUAUGUGCGUCUUGUGGUCUGGUGCGUCUUAUAGAGCGAAAAAUACGGUAAGUUUCUAGUCUAUUUUUCUCCCUGAAGUGCUAAUUUUCCAUAUUCCAUAUUUUUGUAUUUGUAUGCACUAGAGCAUUUCAACAUGUGUUGCAUUCUGAGAUAGUACAGUUCCAUGCUCUGCUGUGUGCUUUUUCUAAGUGUUUGAAACAACAGACUGUAAAAGGAGACUCUAUGCUAGGCAUCCAUUGGUCAAGAUGGCUGAAGGUCUGCAUGUCUUCCUGCUCCACAAAUGACCCUUUCCUAGUCCUCAUUUGCCCUUGCAAAUUUAAAUCUCUGAGAACUCAAAAAUUUAGAAUGAAUCGUGCAAAUUAAGUGAGAGGAUGCCAAUUUACUUGUAUUACUAAUUCAAAGCGUAGAAUGUGAUAGUGUCUGGGUAUAAUUUGCAUGCAACGAUUAAUGUUCCUUCCCUGGUUUGCAACAAAGCUCCUUGUUGUUGAUUUGAGAAGGGGUAAUCUGUUUUCUAGAGCAGCAGGAGUUCAGAUUUACAAUAUUGUAUUGGUAACUAUCUGCUUAAUCCAAGGCUGUGCCACUAGAUAUGAAUUUUCUAUCUUGAGCUAGCAGCUGAAAGUGAUAAUCUAAUCAAUAACUUUCUAAUCAAAAUGACUGAAAAUGUACUAAGCAGUUAAAUAGUUCUGUAGUAAUAAGCUCCUUUCCUUGCUCAGGAGCGUUCACCAAUAAUUUAAAAUGUUUAACCCAAAAUCUGUUAAAUUGGGAGUCCAAAUCAGCUGGCACCAAAUGGGUUGUAAUAAUAAUUCUUUCAAAACAUUGAUUAAUAUAACAAGACAGUUUCCUGCCUUCUGUUCUUCCUUUUUCCUCAAUGAUACAACACUAGACAUUUCCAAGCAAAUCUCAUGAUGUGGCCAGGACCUUUUGCCAGUCUUGAUUGAACAGUGAACCUACCCUGACACUAACUUGGGGGUCUUCCUUCUUUUGCAGAAGAAAUCGAAGUGGAUGUGGAAAGCACAGAAUUCUCCCAUGGAGACGUGGAUGAUAUCAGCACAACCAGUACAAGUGACAUUGAUGACCACAGCAGCUUGCAAAGCAUUGGGAGUGAUGAGGGUUACUCCAGCGCUAGUGUCAAGCUCUCCUUCACUUCCUAGAGCAUGGUGCUAGGGCAGAGCAGAUGAUUUCUUUGGGGUAGUUGAAGUUCACACAGCAGAGCUCUUAGAUACAGUAUUUUUCUUCUCCAAACCGCACUUCAACAGCUAAGCUUGGACAGAUGCAACUCUAGAAUAGCUCUGUGGGUCCACAGGAGGGUGGGAACCUAACAGGGGAGUCAGUCAGUCUCCAUACUGUCAUAGUCCAAAAUACUGACUUAGUGCUGAACCCAUAGCUAUUUUGACGUCUGAAGCAGGACUCCAGUUGUGCACAGCUGGACUGAGAUUUGCCCAUGUAUAAGUGGAUAGCUUUGCUAAGAGAUUAUUUGAUUUGGACAAGGGAUCUUGGUGAUUCUGGCCCCAAUCCUUUUUCUCAGUUUGUCAUACCUUCUGAGAAAUGGAUUUUUUUCCAUCUUCCAAAUUUAGCAAGCUUUGUUAAGAGCCCUUGUGGUGCUAAAUAUAAAUAAAAGCGUUAGUCCAAUAUCUCAUGAUGAUGAUCUAACGCUAGUCCCAGAUUGUGGGACAAAAGUAGCCAAGGUGAUACUAGUUUCUUGGACCAGCCUCUUCUGAUGAGUUUGCACAAUUUUAUGAAUUACAAAACUUCUUUUUUCAUUCUCCUUAAAAUCCCAUCACUUGAUUGAAGCUUCUUUCCCCCUUUAACCUGAACACGAGAACUAUGGGAAGUUCUUGUGUACUCUCACCAGCAGUAGCUAGUCCAGUCAACACCUUCUGCCCACUAGGUUUCUCCAGUCAGCUCUGAUCAUUAUUACCUAAGAGAUAACAAUAAUAGUUAGAAGCUCUGCUCAUGCCCUGUGAAAAGAGAGGUGCUGCAAAUCUGGAAGCAAUUCUCAUUCAGCUCAACUUUUCAGCUGGACAUUGUUUCAAGGCAAGAGCUUGUGCCGCAUUAUUUAGCACUAGGGUGUUGAGCUGUAAAAUACCAGCACACAGUGCAACUGCUCUCUGGAUUCAAUGGCUACAGCAGUAACUCCUUGUCUAUAGAGUGAUGCUUCUGACAGAGCCAGACAGACAGACAGACAAGCCUGUAAAAGAUAUGAUGUUCAGGAAAGGCACAGCCUCCAUUCUGAGCCGCAAUGAUCCUUUUUUUUUUCCUUUUGCAAAUUAUUUUGAUAAAUGUUUGUAAAAGUUGUUCAGGUGAGAGAACCUACAUGCAACAAUGUCUUUUUAGAACUCCUAGGCAUGAUUCUGCAGAUGUCUUUUGUAACUAACACCAAUGGAAAGGGACCCGUUUUUCUGCUGCCAUGCACAAAAGGAACAGGGAACUCUCCUCGGGUUUUAUGGCUCUUCCUUUUGAUUUCCUUUAUGGAUUCCCUUUGCAAACUUUGCCACCUGGAUCCAACCAUAGUUGUGGGCCCACAGUUAACAUGGCAUGUGUCUCACAGUUCCUCAGGGGACGCCUCCCACUCUCCCUGAGCAGGAACUGUUGCAGUUGUCUUGCUGUUAACAAAAUAAGAUUGUAUCCAAUUUUUAAAAAAUGAUUUUCCUUUUGCGAUAAGCUUUCUAACCUGCACUUUGAGGUCUUCUUUGCUUUCACUUUUAAGUUUUUAACUACAAGGAUUUUUAUUAUUGUUCCUUUACCAAGUUUAAACUUCUUUCUUUUAGAGACCUCAUUUAUGACACUUGUUUGAGACUUAAGUAAUUUGCCUACCCCGUAAUUACUAAGGGAAAAAAAGAGAAAAAGAGAAAAAAAAGCUUUAUAAAAUUCAUAACUUAUUGCUGAUUAUAAUUAUUGGGUUGUUAAUUUCAGUCCUGUAGAUUUUUAAUUUUAUUAUUCUUUAGAUAGGGCUGGGCGACAAAAAACAAAAAAACAAAAAAAAACAAGGUAACCUCAUUUAGCAGUGCAGUGGAAUUGUGUUUAAAUGUUAGCAUAUGGUUCUGCUUAAUAGUAGCACUUUAACACCAUUAAACAUUUCUGUAUCUGAAAUGCACUGUGUUCUGCCAUUUUGGUCACUCAUGAUAAUAUUUUAGAAUUCCCAUGUUCUUGUGCCUGGAAGUUUUUUAAAAAACCUAUUGGCCAUGUGAUUAGAUGACCCCAAAUGACCUCUCAUGUAGAUCUUGUCUUGAUACUGAUAUGCUGCGUGUAUGUUUGAACCCACAUGUUAUCCAUUCACCCCAGAGCUAUUACUGUGUCAUAUAAUACAAGACACAACUUUAGAACCUGUGUCAUGAAAUAGAAGCAUAAUCCCACCAAGGUUAUAGUGUGUUUUAUAGAGCUGGGGUUUUUUAUUUUUUAUUUUGUUUGGUAAAGCCUGGAUCCAGUUGUUGUUCUACCUUAAUCUCCCCUAGGUGACUCUAUAAACAUUCUGGUUUACUGCAUGUGGUACUCUCUCCCUCUAGUGGCUGGAAUAAGAACCCAUUAGUUGUAGUUAAUGGGAGUAAAACGUUCAGCUGAACCAGUAGCAACAACUUUUAUAGUACUGAGAUCUGUUAAUUGGCCCAUAAUCUGCAUGUGUGAAGCUAUGGUGUCCCAGCACAAUUCUUUGGGACUGUCAGAAUGACUGGCAAGAACUCAAAAUGAGCCAAAAUUGUAGUACUGAGUUGUGUGGGUAGCCUUGGUUUGUGAUUUUGCAGACACAAAAAUCUGUCCAACUGACAUCCUUUGAGUCCAUUUCUGAUCACAGGAGCUCAUGUAGCAGAGUACAUGCUUUGAAGGUAAAAGGGGCUGAGUUCAAACCCUGACAUGUCUGGUUGGAAAAUUUUUUUUAGAAGGACUAGAAAAAAGAUGAGCCUGGAAAGUUGCUGUCCAGAUGUUUAAUACUGAUCUAAGUGCUCUGGUCCAUGGGGUCACGAAGAGUCGGACACGACUAAACAACAACAACAACAACAAAAAAGUGCUGUUAUGUGUCAAGAUCAUGUAAAAAAUAAUUAGAUGGGAAGGACGGACAAAUCUCUUCAUACAUUACUUUGUUGAAGGGGUAACAUGACUGUUCCUGGACCCUCUUUAAGAAUGUUUGGGGAGUAGGAAUUUCCUAGCUCCAUAGAUUCCCAGAAUGAUUUAGAACACUGAUAAAAAGGUUCUCUCCUUCAUAAGUUAUUCCUCAACAAGGCACCAGGAAGAGCUGUGUGUGACCUUUGGGUUAGAGCUAGACACACAACCUCCCUUUGUAUAAUAAGUAACAUAUAAAAAAGAUUCUACCUACACUAAAUUCUGCACAAGCACAAUAUAAACCUAGAGGGUCUUUGAAGUGUUGCUCUAGAAUCACAUACAACAGUUUGUAUGUUAAAGAGCCACUGCAACAAGGUACAACAGGCUGAAUAUGUAUGUUAUGUUAGCCAUUCUAUUAAAAAAAAUAUGAAAAGGGUAUGUUUGUGUAACUUAAGAAUCAUAGUGAUAGCCAGAAAGCAGCUCAAACUUCAAUAUAACAUCUAGAAAAGGCUUUAUUUCCCCAUGUUCGUCAUUAAAUUGAAUUUAUAUCUUGAAAUUUCCUCUUGUUCCUUACACUUGAGAUACAUUUAUAUGUAAUCUUCUCCCCCUCCCCAUGUCUAAUUUGUAAUGUGACCCUAUGCGUGUUUGCUCAGAAGUCACACUGUGUUCAGUGGUGUUUCACUUUCAGAUAAACGUGCCUAUAUCUGUAGACUGAGACCCAAAAGUUAAAUGUGACUUUGCAUUUGGCAUAAAGAUUGCAUCAGCUGCAGGAAUGGGCCAUUUCCAAAACUGGUAAUCCCAUAUAGGUGCAUCACCAGGCCUUGAAUGGCUGGGAAAUUCUAUUCACCCAAAAGUUAAUGAACAUAAAAAGGCUAAACUGACUUCAUUAUCACCAAGACUGUUGACAUUCAUGACGCUUACUGAGAAAUAUAUCAGUCCAGGUUUGUCUUCAUCUUGGUGAAAGCUCUUAUUUCAGGUAUUUGUCACUGUUAAUGCUUGUGUGGGUAAUGCCAAGAAUGGAUGUGUAUCUUACUAUAUCCAGAAAAUGCGCAAGAGUUAUAUUUGUUUUCUGCAACCUAGGAAAUGAUGGACAUAAGCAACCACUGGUGAGGUUGCUAGUGUCGAUGUUUAUUCUCUCUCUAGGAUUAGGCAUGGAUAUUUCCAAACCUUGCCAUAGGAGAGCCAUAUUCCUGGAGAUGCAGGGAUUGAACUCUUUCCAUGCAAAUCAUGUGCCCUAUAUCUGAGCUUUUUUGAAUGUGAUGAAAAAUGGAAGCAGCAGCUGUACAUGCAUGGCCACUUUUCCCUGAACAGUCUUGAGUGAAGCAACUAGACAGCACUGAACUUCAAACUUGUGCAAUGUGAUGGACUAUAUGACUUGGAGCACACUAUGGCACUUCAGUUCAAAGACAGUAACAUACUAGUGGAAUGGGCUAAUAUGGGCAAUAACAACUUACAGUUAAUUAAAAUUCAUGAUUCUCAGAAACUUGAAACCCUCUUUUGUUGUGACUUCAUCUUUUGCUCUUCAGACUUCAUGCACUGAGGAGCUGGAAACUGCAGUUCCAGUAGCACAUGAUUGGUCAUGCAACACAAAAGUGGAAAAAGGGUUGUGAGUUAAAGAAGAUUUAACCAAUGUGAACCCAUGAUCUUAGCUUCCAGAGGCAGAGCACCAGGACCAGCUGAGGUACCAUGGUCUGCAUCAGAUCAAUGGCCUUAGAGAGAAACUGGCAAAUGUCAGAGCCAACUGAAAGUAGCAGUUGUUACUGUUCACUCUUCACCUAUGGCUUAAUCCUUAGCAAUUUUACAACGCUGGCCUCCCUGGUGCACAGUCUACACCUGCCAUCAUUAAAUUACGCCACUGGAAAGUUCUAAACAAUAAGAAUUUACAAAAGAAGGAACACUAAAAACAGAACCGUCAACAUCAAGAAUUGUUCAUUUUUCUCCUCUCUAGCCAAGUUGCAAAGAAUUUUUUUAACUGUACUAAACACUAUCCACUAUUUCUCUGUUCAGCUGGUCAAACCAGUGUGGGUAUAUAUAAGCCAGUGUCAGAACUAUUGUUUUAAAAUGCUAAAGAUCCCUUUAAGAAAAACAGGAAAUUUGGAUGUAAAUGCUACUAAAAUAGCUAUGAAUAUCUAUGUCCUCAUACUUCAGAUACCACUAGCAUUUACGUAGUUUGCCCCGCCCCUCUUGAUUCCUUGUAGCACAAUAUGAUCUUGGUUUUAGUAUAUUACUCUAUUAACAACCACUGCAUACAGAAGGAACCUGCUUCUAUGACUGUAACAGGACUAGAUUAAAGCUCUGGGCCAACUCAGAUGAUCACUGUCCACAAAAUAGCUGGGGGGCGGGGGAGAGAAUGCACAACCGUUCUACACUGGACUAACCUUCAGCUCAAUACUAGGCAGAGGAUCCAGCAUCAGGAGUUCAAGAAACAAUGGUUACUGCAGCAUGCCAAAAGCUGAAUGCUGCAUGUGGCUGUGGGUGUAUAAGACAAGCUGCUAAGGAAAACGGCAGGAUUUUCUAGUAGCUACUAUUGCGAAACUUCUACGUGUGUGAAUCAACCUUCAGCUCCUUUCCUAUUUUCUGUACAUUUAAGAUAGAUAUUUAAGCAAAGUUACUUACCUGAAGUGGCUACUUUCCUCACCCACCCCCAAAUGCAAGCUACAGUAGCAUUGUACAGUUUCUCAAAUACACAGCUAUCCUUAAUUUCUGUUACAAAAGCAACAGGGACCAAGUCACACACAAAGAGUUCAACAGGCUGGUCAUUUGAUUACAGUGGGCUCAAGCAUGCCAAACACUCUAUUAUACCGUGGCUAAAAUCUCCAGUCAAGUAAUGCUCUGCAAGAUUAACUUGUCACAUACAAACAAAAAACAAUGAAAUCUACAAGGCUAUGUAGGAUUUGAAGAGCUGAAUAGUAAAAUCAAUUACUGAAUCCAAUGUGGAAGACACAUAUCAAUUCAGACAUUUGCUAGAUAGAAAAAUAUCAGCAAGUCCUGCUAGAAAUUUUACAGGAGCUAGGCAACUUAGCAGGCGCUCCAACACACAACAAAAUAUUGCAUGUCAGGAAACUGAGUGUAAGUUAUAUACCCUUCCCUAUAGGGACUUCAGCUGACCCCCUAAGGGAGGGACCAACCAGGUUGUGCAACAUGAUGCUCCAAUUGGCAGUAACUAGGGGGUGUAUUCAGGCAGGUGUUUCUUGCAUAGCAGCUCAUUGCUUGUUGCAAACUGCCAGAACAGAUUAAUCCCUUUUUUGAAUGAAGAACAUGCCAAAUGAAGACAAGCUAACCCUUUAUAUGCAUAAAAUGCCUUACCCAUUAUAAAAACAUGAUUCAAAUUCAACCCAAAUAAGUAAUGAUAGGGCUCCUCCACAGAGAAAAUGUGCUUCUCUGGAGAUAUUUCUGAUAGUGCUCUUGUUGGAAUAGGCUGAUGUCCCUAUUCAGCACCUACUGACGUGGUACAUUAAAUUGUUUUAAAAUCACAACACCUAAGAAAAAAGUGUAUUUUUUCAUCAAUCACUGUUGUGCUACGUAGCUCUUGGAUUUUAAAAUGUCACAGUCUUGCGGUAUAUAACCAAUCCUGCUACUGAUCUUCAAGCCUAGCCAUCGCAGAAUGCAAAGGAAAUUGUAAUUCUAGCAUGACAUCUCACUUUGCAAAUCUCAACAUGUUUUCCUAAACUUACUUCUUCUGCAGCUUCUAACUAUUACUUUGCUAUUUUAAAAGAAAAGAGUUACUGCAGUGUAAUCUUGCAUAGGAUUUAUGUUUGCAACUAUUAUAUUCUAAUGUAAAAUGACAAUACAGGUCUUUAAACCCAGUAAGUACAUUUUAUCUUCAAUCACAUUAACCAGUGUCUGAUGCACAAAUUAGGUUUGUGCCAGUAUAAUUUUUCCCAGCUGUUAAAAAAAUACCAGCAAAUCUGUUUCAGCCUCUACUGAAUUAUGGGUUUCCUUUGUAAUUUGUGUAUUAAAGGGGGGAAAUGUACAGUGCUAUGUUUCUAUAUAAUGAUACUGCACUGGUCUAGGAAUGCAAUUCCAUGUUUAAACAGAUAUGUAUCCUCUUGACAAAUAUUUUUAUGUGCAAGUUUAUUUUUAAGAUUUCUGUUAUCGCUACUUUUGCUUCCUCUGAGAUUUCCUGAACUUUGGUGCAGUUACUCUAAUGGUGCUGUAGCCAACUGCUACUUGAGGAACUGAAUGAUAAAACCCCCCAACCAAUCCAUGAUUGGUGCUUAAAUUGACCAGCGCCAAUCGUCAAAACAAUACUGAAACAGCAUUAUCUAUAAUGGUGCAGGGAUGGUGCUGACAAAGAUGUUACAUUUUCCAUCAUUGUAAACAUUAUUCUUUUGUUUGUGGGCAUCUAUAUAAACUUGUUUAAAAUAUACAAAUAAAUUUUAUGAAAUUUUAUUUCUAG